GAGCGGCGAAAGGGAGCGGAGCGGGCCGCCAUCUUAGUUCGCAAGCCAGCGGAGCCAGCGCCGGGCUGAGGAGGAGGAGGAGGAGGAAGACGCGGCGACCGGGCUGGUCUGAGAGGAACGGCUGCCUCUCCUCCCUUCCCUUUUAUUUUCCGCCCCCGGACACCCCCCCUCACCCUUAUUAUUUAUUACUACCGUUGCUAUUAUUUAUUAAUGUGUCGUUAUUAGUAUCGCUAAUAUCCGCCCCCCGUUUCCUUUAGCCCUUUUUUUUUUUGCCCUCCCCCUCAACGGGGGGUCGGUCGGGGGGCGCCGGGGAGGAGAAGGAGGAGGAGGCGAGGCGGAGAAGCGCCUUCCCGGCCUAGCAGAGAUGCUGCCCUCCCGGCUGGCGCCCGCCUGCCUCCUCCUGGCUGCGCUGCUCUGCGGACGGGUCCGCGCUGCCCGAGGUGAGCCAGGAGGCGGAGGGGAGGGUGGGGGAGGAAAACAACAAUUAAUAUUGUGUGUGUGAGAGAGAUAAAUUUUUAAAAAAUAGGUUGGGGUGUCCAGGUCUCCAGCCACCCCACCCCGUUUAGUGCCGUAGGAGGAUAACGCCUCAGCGUUGCACUUAACUGAUAGCACCUUAGGCACGGUGCUGCACUUGCCUUGCCAAGGAGACCUUCGUAACAGUGUUUGCGCUUUCCCUUUUUAUUGCAGAAAUGUCUAUCCAUAUGCAUAUGUAGAUAGACGCGUAUGUGUGUUUGGGCGCGCGUUUUCUGUAUACGGAUAGAUACAGGUAUGUGCAUAUGUGCAUAUAAAGAAGAUUUGCGUUGCCCUAAUAUAGACAGCAGUGACAUUGCAAUGAUGAUCAUGAUAAUAACGUAGCAUUGGUAUGGAAGGGAUCAAUAAGGACGACGAAGGUGAUGCUGCUGCUUCGUUUGUUGUGCCUGCGCUGCGAUUGCAUUGCUCUUUAGAACCUACUGUGGGUCACUUACCGCGCUGUGCAAUAUCGUGAUUUGUUGGCUUGUUUGUUUUAUUGGUGGUGGUGGUUUAUUCAUGUGUUGUGUUUUGCUGUAUUUGCGUUAGGAGAACCGCCUUGAAACAGUACUGGGCCCCUUUUUUUGCACAUGCGAUAUUGUAAUUAUUUGUUAGCCUCAUUCUGUAUUCCUAAUGGGAAGAUGUCUGUUUAACAGUGUUGGGAUGCUUAUUGCAGCACACAAUAUGAUAACAGCGGGUGGCAUUUCACAUUAGUCCGACUUGGAGUAGACCCGUUGAAGUUAGUGAACAUGGGCAAUUUAGGUUCAUUAAUUUCAGUGGGUCUCCUAUGAGUGUACCCUGUGUGAAUAUCACCCAGUGUUCUUAUUUAUUAGAUCUUGCUGCAUUUGUAUUAGGAGAUAUUUUAAAGGGUCCUUUUCUGUAAAGUGCAGUUGUCUGACAGUGCAUAGCAUAAAUAUUGCAUGAUUUGAUAAUGUUAUACAUUUUUAUUGUAGUAUGCUUUCAUAGGUGUGUAUGCGUUUAAGAUGGAUAUUCAUCCUAAGCCCCAUGGAAGUCAGUGCAAUGUACUUCUGAGUGGAUACGUAUAGGAUUAUUUGUGUAAUACUAUAUGUAUGAAUGUACAAGUUAAUAUUGCAGCCAUUAAUAUAAGGAUAUUUUAAUAUUGCUUUGUUUAGUAGUGAUAUAGACACUAUUGCAUAUUCAUACUUUUAUAUGUAAUCUUCCACAGCCGUUUAAUAAUAGAAAUAUAUUAAUAAAAUGAAUAAUUUAUAAAGUAUAUAUUUAAAGUACUUAGGUUCCACUCUUCAGCCAGAAGACUAUUAAUACCUACUAGAGUAUAGUGCUUAAUAUUGCAUUGUUUGAUAAUGCAAUAUUUUAUCCUUGUACUUAUAUUGUCCAUUAUAAUACAGUGCAUCAUUAGUAGUCCCUGAUUAACAAGGAUAUUAUAACAUUCCAUUAUUUAAUAAAUGAUGUAACCCUACUGCACUACAUCCCUCCUUAUAUUAAGAAUAUAGCAUUGUUGUUUCAUAAUACACCUAAUACUCUCUUUUCCACACAUGCACUCACUUGCUUGUAUUUUUUUUGGGGGGGGGUGGUGGAUUUGAUUCCCUUUCCACUUCAUCCCAUCUUCCCCACCUCAUAGCAACACCUCCUCCCCUCUAAGCAGAAUACCUCCCCUCUUUUUAACAUAGUACUUACAUAGGAAACACCAACAUGCCAUUAGCAGUAAAUCUCUCCACCCCAAUAUUUGUCUAUUUCACUCCCUUAAGCACACAUAGAUACACAAACUUCCUAAACCCACAAAUACCUUUUUCAUACUUGUUUCUUUUACUCUUCCCCUUUCUAAAGCACUUUCCCAGACCCCCAAACCAGCAUCUUUCUACGCACAGGAUACUUACCUUAUACUGUCCACCCCACUUCAGGGACACCUCUAAGUAUGGCUUGGCGAACAUGCAUUUGUCAGCCUGUCCUUUUGAAGCUGUUUCCUGUAGCUGUCCUCUUAGGGGGCCUGUACUUCCUGCAUCUCCCCCCCCCCCCCCCCCCGCAAAUGUUUGCCUCCCCACUGUGCUUAUUAAUUAUUAGUAUUCUGUCUACCACCCCACGCUCUUACAUCCAAAUGUACUUUCUGGACCACCAUUGGCCUUUUCACAUUCUGUAUAAAAGCUAUUCUCUGCCUCCUCUAUUCCUCUUUCCCCUCCUCUGGUUUUAAACCAUCUCAGAAAGGCACAUGUGUUUGAAGGACCCAGACUCCGGACCCUGCCAAAGGAAUUGUUUCCCUCCAUACAUCUGACUUUGGAGGUGUGGAGUCCUUCAUGCAAGGGCAUCUUUUGAUAAGAGGUGGGGGUGCUUAGGAAGAUCGCUCCUCCUACCUUUUCACUCUUUUAAAUCUUUCUAGUGUGUGGGGGCACUAUUUCCCCCCUCAGGAAAGAGGAUGAUGGAUAGCCUUCCUCACUCUGUAGUUUUACAAUUUAAUCGCCUGUGCCCAUGAAUCUAUCUCUGAAGUUAAGUCCAUCUAUCACUCUUUUCUCCAGUGAUGCCUCUUUUAUACCACCCUAUGCCGUUCCUCCUCCUGCAUUCCUGUAUGUUGAGCUCCUUUCCCCUAUAGGGAUUUAACAAAGCUUAAUCACGUCCCCAAAUCAUAUGCUCUGUGUAUCUGGAUCAGAGUGCAAAUGGGGAAGGAAAUAGCAGUGUCCUUGGUGGUGAUGGGCUUCUUAUCCCUUCAAGUCUAUACGGUGCUGUAUGGAACAGAUGGAGGAAGGUGACAGAAAGGUGCUGUCCUACAGGGUCGGGGAGAAUGUUUACACAGUGCCCGCAGUGCCCCCCUCCCUCUUGCUUUGUUUUGCUUUGGUAUAAUCCCCUCCCUCCUUUUUCCGGCAGUGAGGAAAAAAUUCCAUAGGGCAACCUGAUCAUGUUGGAGAUGGAAAGAAAACCUGCUUACUCCCCAGAUAGAGAGACUGCCAGUGUUUUUAUCUGGCGGGCGAUUCUGGCUGUCCAGGCUGUGUCCUCCGCUGCCCACUUUGGCUCAUAAUCUGGGUUAGCAGGGAGGAAUGGAAUGUGGGGGGUAUAAUGGCACUGCUUGUGAGUGGGGGGAGGGAGUCCGCAGCAGCUCUCUGCAGGCACACACUUUCUUUGUUUUUGUCAUGCAAAUCAUUUCUCUCACACUCCGCAAAUUAUUUCCCAACUAGACUUCUGUUUGUCCCUUUGAUGAUAAGAGACAGCGUUGUUGCUUGUGGCAAGGCAAGGUUAAACUGGACCAAUCUGAUGAGAUUAACAAUGGUGUAAAUACUGUCUGUCUCUAGGCUUGCAAAAGCUCUUUCUCUGUUGAGAGUAUGAUUCCCCCCCACCCCUUUCCAAGCAGCGAUGGUAUUUUAGAUGGUGGAAUUGGUUUUUUUAUCGUCAGCUGUGAAUAGAUGCAGAGAAUUGGACACCUUACUGAAUCUCUGGGAACCUUAAACCGCUGCAGUUUCAUUGAGAGUGCUUUCUGUCAUUUAAAGCAAACACAAUCCCUUCUCACACCUUUCUAGCUGUUUAACCUUUUGCUGCUCUUGCGUUAUCACUGGGCCUUGAGCUGGGAAGUAAGGACGCAUUGCAGAUUGUGUUUCUGGGGUUGCAAAUGUUUCUUUCCCUAAAUAUGGAGCCGGAGCUCCCCCCAAUCAUAUUGUGAGAUGGCUUAAUUGCUGUUUAAAACAUGUGCUGUUUAAAAUGUUUUUAUAGACAUCCAUUUCACUAAGUCCUACUCAGAGUAGACCCAUUGAAGUUUAACUUAGUCAUGUCUAAAUUUCAAUGGGUCUACACUGAGUAGGACUAACAUGGGACACAACCCAUUUGACUUCAAACUGAUUUAUUUUUAAGGUGGUACAGGUGAUGUUGGGGUAUUUUGCUGAUAAAAACUGAACCUUUCAAUCAUCUGUGGAAAUGUUUAGUUUUCAUCCCAAUGGAUUCACAACUGUGCUUGUCUCUUAAAUUUCAUUCACUGUAGCUAUUUCCAGAGGGUUGGUGUGUUGCAACGUAACAACAACACAGUAAAGUCUUCUGACAUCUUGAAGACAUAACAUGUUUAUUACCAUGCAUGUUUUCUAUUGGAUCAGUCCACAAAAGUUUAUGUCACAAUAAACAUGUUGGUCUUUGUGGUGCUUCCUGUUCUUCAUAUCUAAGAACAUAGGAAGCUGACUAAUACUGAACAAGACCACUGGUCCAUCUAGCUCAGUAUCCUCUAUUCCAGGCUUCCUCAAACUCGGCCCUCCAGAUGUUUUGAGACUACAGUUCCCAUCAUCCCUGACCACUGGUCCUUUUAACUAAGGAAUUGUAGGCCAAAAACAUCUGGUGGGCCAAGUUUGAGGAAGCCUGCUCUAUUCUGAUUGGCAGCAGCUUUUCACGGUUUCAGACAAGGGCACAUUUCCAGCCCUACCUGAAGUUGCUGCAGAUUGAACCUGAGACCUUCUGCAUGCAAAGAAGUUGCUGCACUACUGAGCUAUGCCUCCUUCUUUAAAAAGCAAGAUUUUAGUCCCCAUAUUUUUGAAUUAAAGGGCUUAUUUUAAAUAGGCACACAAGAAGCUGCCUAAUACUGAGUCAGCUCAUUGGUCCUUCUAGCUCAGUAUUGUCUACUCUGCACUGACUGGCAGCAGCUCUCUGCAGUGUUUUUGGACAAGGGGAGUUUCCCGGUCCUGUCUGGAGAUGCCACUGAGGAACGAACCUGGGACUUUCUGCAUGCAAAGCAGAUACUCUGUCACUGAACUAUGGUACUCUUUUCAACGGGCAACACUUCCUCCUGUGACAGUCUUCUGAAUGUUUAAUUAUUGAUGCUUUUGAAUUAUGGUGCUGGAGGAGACUCUUGAGAGUCCCAUGGACUCCAAGAAGAUCAAACCUAUCCAUUCUUAAGGAAAUCAGCCCUGAGUGCUCACUGGAAGGACAGAUCGUGAAGCUGAGGCUCCAAUACUUUGGCCACAUCAUGAGAAGAGAAGACUCCCUGGAAAAGACCCUGAUGUUGGGAGCGGUUGAGGGCACAAGGAGAAGGGGACGACAGAGGAUGAGAUGAUUGGACAGUGUUCUCGAAGCUACUAACAUGAGUUUGACCAAACUGUGGGAGGCAGUGGAAGACAGGAGUGCCUGUUGUGCUCUGCUCUAUGGGGUCACGAAGAGUCAGACACAACUAAAUGACUAAACAACAACAACAACAUCUUUUGUGCAGCUGCACUAGAACCCUGUCUUGCUUUAAAGCUUAUUGCUAUAAUAAAUAUGAAGACAAAUUCCAGAAAAGCAGUUAUGUUAGAGUAUGUGCACGUGUAUGUGACAGCGAGAAGACAAAAAAGCCUGGGAUGGAUGAGAAAUGACCUUAGGUUGAGCAUCCUUAUGCCAGAAGGACUCUCUCUAAUAAUGCGAUAUGCACAUGAUCACUCAUACCGUGUUAAUUUGGAAUAACAUGGACAAGUAAACAGCCAUUGGAAAUCACCAACAAUUUCCUACUGAUAACUCGGUGGGAAACCUUUAGUAAGGGAGUGGGGAAGUUUAGUACUGCCCCAUUGCAUAUUGAUUUAUGCCAUGGGUUGCCAACACAGCGCUCAUGGGUGCAUAAUUGCCCAGAAAGGCCUUCCUUGGCACUCAUGGGCUCCUGUCCCCUUACCUCCCCUCUCUGAAAUUGAACUUGAAGAAAACUGUAUCGAGCCUAUUUUUUGGCUAGUAAGGGUUUAUUGUGGACCAGUAAACUUCUUGGAUUUAUUUGCAACUCUGGGACAACUGCUGUCCCCUUGGUAUAUUCUUAAAACAAUUUUACAGCUCAGUUCUGUGCCAGUUUUCACCCCUAGUAAUAUGCUUAGACAAAUAUGUAAAGAUGAAUGUCCUGUGAUUUGCUAUUAGUGUUGUAUUCUGUAUAGGAGAGUUGAUUGAGAUGAACAGUGUGUCACAAAUGACUAGCAAUAGGUAUAUGUGGACAACUGUGCUAGGAUUGUGUGAUCUUUUUGCCUGCCUUAUUGCUCAUCUGUCGAUAAUGUACCUUGAAGCUACAUUGUCCUAUAUCUGGCUUUUUCUUGCUUGUUUGGUUCAAAUUUCCAAAAAUGUGAUUUGGGAGUUAUUUUGCUGUUAAAAUGUAAAUGUUUCUUUUCCUAUGGCUGAUUUUAUAUAUAUUUGAAAUAGAGCACAGUUGCUGGGUUUUUAUAGCCUGACUUUAAAUGUGGCCAGAUGGCAGUUGCCUUUCUCAAUUGGCUGUGCUAUUUAUUGCGAACCCGGAAGUGAUGGAAGCACUAUUGCUGCAAAGAGAUUCAAGGCUGUGCAAGGAUUUUCUUUGGUGACAGUCUCUGGUUUCCCAUUUAGCAUAGUGUGGUUUAUCACUGUUUUCAUAUGGCUGCCAUCAUCUGGAAAGGCUCUAAUAUUUCAGAAGGAUAUUUUGGAAGGGCUGUAGCUCAGUGGUAGAGCAGAAGAUCCCACAUUCAAUCCUUGGCAUCUCCCAAGUUGCGCAGGGAGAGAACACUUCCUGAAACCCUGGAGAGCCACUGCCUGUCAGUGUAGGCGAUACUGAGCCAGAUGGACCAAGGCUGUGACUCGGUAGAAGGCAGCUAUCUAUGCUUUUCCUAGAUGUCUUGUUUUGGAGGUUUACUUGGCUUAUUUAAAGCCAAACAGAUUAAUUCAUAUUCUUGUAUGAACGCAGGCCUUUGUUUCUAUGGUCAGAGGCAAUGAUGCUUCUGAAUACCAGUUUCUGGAAACCACAAGAGGGGAGAGGGCUCUUGUUUUCAGGUCCUUCUUGCGGGUUUCCAAAAGGGCAUCUUAUUGGCCUCUGUAAGAACAGGCUGAUGAAUUAGAUGGGCCCUUGGCCUGAUCCGGCAGUGGUAUCCACAUAUAUUUAUAGCUAUGUCCAGGAUGCUAUGGAGAGCUGGAGGCUUGGAAAUGUGUGUGUUGCUUUUCAACCCUAGGAACUAACUUACACAGAACUAGCAAAGAGUUAAUGGCUUCCAAUCCGACAAGGAGGGGUUUUUAUAUUACUUUUCUUUUUUACAUUUUAUAUUAGCCUUCACUAACUUGGUGCCCUGCUUUAGACUACUAAUCAGAGGCUGAUGAUUUGUCGCCCAAAAUAUCUGGAGAGCACCAAGUUGGAGGAGGGCUGUACAUUACCUGAGAGCUUCCAUUUUCAGAAUCAGUAAGACUUUCCCCCUGUCUGUUGCAUUGUUGAAGAAUGUUGUGAAGCUGCUGGAUCUAAAUUACUGGCAGGGCCCUUCGUGCUUUUAAAAUGGACAACGCUUCUCACUGUUAGCUGCUUUGUGGUGAUGAAAGCAGCUCUACUCAGGUUUGCUUCUUUUUGUUUCUGCUCUUUCAGUCCUCCAUUUGUUAGCACAGCAUGAAUACGGUAGGAGAAUGCUUUUGUUUGGCCUGGGAAACUUCUUUCAAACUGCACGUUAAAGGGGACAAUCUGGAGGGAUAUAUAUGCACAGAAAUCUGUCCCCAUGAGACAUACAAUAAAGCCAAAGCUACCUUUUGCAUAGCCCAAUGCAAAAAUAAUGUUUUCAACUCACUUGUUUCAUAUGGGGGUAGGAAAAAUGAAGGAGACAAUACUCCUCAAGCAAUCACUGCCUGGUUGCCUGGCAGUGACUCUUUAUUUGCUAUGGGUGACUAAGCGAACAGGUCUUGGAUUAUUUCCAUGGCUGUGUAAUGAGCUUCAUUUAAUACCUUUGCAUUAAAUGAUUUUUGUCUUUCAGUUACAGACAUUGCAAUAUGAAGCAUUAUGGUGUGUAGAAUCAUAGAAUUGUAAAGUUGGAAGGGACCUUGAGAAUCCUAUAGUUCAGAGUUUCCCAAACUUGGGGGGGGGGGUUCCUCCAGCUGUUUUUGGACUACAGUUCCCAUCAUCCCUGACCACUUGUCCUGCUAGCUAGGGAUGAUGGGUGUUGUAGUCAAAAAUCAACUGGAGACUCAAGAUUGGGAGGGCCUGAUCUAGUCCAACCUCCUGCAGUGUAGGAACUUUUUGCCCAAUGUUCCUGAGUAUCCAAUGCUAGUCCUGCUCUGAGUAGUCCAAUUGAAAUUAAUAUAUAAAAUUUAGAUCCAUUAAUUUCCAUGGAUCUGCUCCAAGUAAAAACAUAGUUGGAUAUAAUCCCAAGCUUCACCGAUAACAUUCAUACAAAAGCAGAAGAAAGAGGGAUCAGAGAGAGGUGCUUGAGAUAGGAUGCUUCCUGGGAAAGAAGAAUACAUAUAUCAAAAUUACACCACAGGCUCAUCUUACUUUCACUAGAAGGAAAAUGCAGGUAAGAAAAGGAGAUAAAAAGAAAAUUAUUUCAAGGCCAUCAACAACAUUCUUAGGCAAAUAUAUCUGAAUAGGCUGCAUGGGUGUAGCCAAGGGGGGGCAGGUGCCCCUCCAAUCAAGUAAAUGAAUAAAAAUACUUAACUGAGAUUCUGCCCCCCCCAGCAUAAAGUCUGCACCCCAACAUAAAUCCUGGCUAAGCCCAUGGUAGGCUGAUCAAAUGUUUCAAGUGUGUGUGUGUAUGUGUGUAUUCAUGUGUUGGGGGGUGGGGUAGAAUUGCAUGUCCUCUUUGCACAGGAACCAAUUUUAUCCAUACCGUUCCAAUUUUAGAACUUAGGUGUUCAGCUGUGUUUUUCUUUAAACAUUAAGUUUUUGAGAUGUAUUUUUUAGAAGUUUGUUGAUGGGGUGGAAGACCAGUUUCAACCUUCAGGUGCUUUAAUGGGCAGUGCAGAACUUUAAAAAGUGAGUGCCACUUUAUAAUUCACGUCCUGUUGAAAUGGCUCAGCAGUGAUUUAAUAGAUUAGGUAGGGCGCUGGAACUGUUUGCUGAUUUAGAUGAAUGGGCAUCAGUUUCUACUUUUUAGGCGCUCUCCAUCACAGACUGGGGCCAAAAGCUAGUCUGUUAGUCAUGCCCAGGAAGUCAUUGUGGACUAUGAACAACUCAUGUGGUUUCCGCUGGUGGCUGGUUUCUUAAUCUUAACCGCAAACACUUUUUACCACUUGUUUGACAGGAUGGAGGGGGGUGAGUACAAAAGCCACUAAGGUGAGUGCUGCAUCCAUUUGCCACACCCACUACUAGUAUGUGGCUCUUGGAAGAUUGCCCUUGAAGGAAUGUUGCCCUUGAAUUUGAAAAGAUUCCCCACCACUGACCCAUAUGGGUCUUAGAAGAGCCCUUACUUUCAGUCAGUAGACUAGCUUAUAUAAUCUGCAUAAUUUUUGAUUGCUCCCUAAGGCUGACAGGCGAUGGAGUUUAGAACCAGUGCCCCAUCUGUUCCAGCCCCCUGUUCUCACAGUGGCCAACUGGGUGUACAUCAUUGGAAGGCAACAAACAGGACCUGACUUUGUCAAUGCAAAGCUUGGAAAGGCAUAUGGGCACCCAUUGUGAUGAACUAGAUCAGGCAGUGCUUCUGCCUGUCCAGUAACGUUGGAUGGGAUGCUCAGAAUAGCUGUGACAGCAGAAGAAAAUGCGGAGAGGUAAUAACCAGUAUCUCUUUGCGGGGUGGGUGUAAGCUGGUCUCUUAUCCAUGCCCUUGUUCUCUGAGCCAAGUGUUAAUAGUAGUAGGAGUCGCUUUUUAACCGACUUGGGCAGUGGCCUAAUCCUGUGUGCGUGGAGUCAGUGCUUUGAUGGGUGAGUCCUUCUUCCCAUAAAGCUGAGGUGUUUUUGCCCUGGCAGCUAACUGCAUUAAGAUGUUUUGGGGCAAUUUUAAGCUGGUUGGGCAAAAUUGGACUGUCCUUGCUUUCCUUGACUUGAGUUAGCUGCUUGUGCUAAUCAAAAUCUAAAAUAAAAGGGUAGAAUUGUGUUAAAGGGGAAAGCAAGGGGGCAGGAUUUUACAAAAUGGGGCGGAUUGUGUGUGUGUACCACACCCCACUUUUCAACUUAGACUGGUUCACAGCUGAUAACUAAAAUCCAUAAUAAAAAGUUAAAACGCUAAAUAAAAAGUUAAUUUAUAACAGGGAUACAUUGGGGUGGGGGCGGUAUGUAUAGCAGCCUCCCAGUCACCAGAGCAGGGGUAGCUAAUGUGGAGCCUCCAAUUGUUGUAGGACUCCAACACCUAUUAGCCCCAGUCAGCAUGGUCAGUUAGCCAGGAUGAAGUGAGUUGUAGUCUUAGGGACACCUGGAGGGUGCUGCAUUGGAGGGCACCCUAGAGGAUGAUAAGACAGUUUGGCAUAGUAGUUAGUAUGCUGGGCUAGUACUGAGGUGGAGUAUCUAAGGUGGUUGGAUGGCACCAUGUACUCCUUCCAGUAGCUCCUGCAGCCAAGCUAGUGUCAAAUGUAUUGCUAUGCUUUCCUUUGGACCACAUCAGUGAGGACGAGGGGGGGUCUUGUUGUCUAGGCAGCCCCAACCCUCCAGACAUACUGCCCCAGGGAGGUCACGUGGGUGCUCCUAAUGCACCCCUGGAGGCACACUCCAUUCAAGACAGAAGGAUGCCAACAAUAACUAAGGAGACCCACAUUCAAAUCUCCCUUCUGUAAUGGAUCUCACUAGAUGACAUUGAGCCAGUUCCACGCACAUAGCCUAACUCAUCUCACUGUGUUACUUGUAAGAAUAAAAUGGUGGCUGGGAGAAGAGCCAUGUACUGUAUACAUUCCCCAGAGCCCCAGGCUAUUCUCCCCCUCCAACAAAAUAGUGUGGGUGGGGGAGACUUCUCUCUGCUGGCCAGUGGUGGGAAAAGGCCAGCUUCCUUGGGCGCAAGGAGUGCAGGUAGCUGUGGAGCAGGGCUGGGUGGAAAGCUUGCCUCCUCAAGUGAUGGUUUCCAGCUGCUUUUGCUUCCAAGAGAAAAAAUUAUCAGACCUCCAGGAGGAGCUGCAUGUGGAUUUGGGUGGAUGGGAAGGAAGGUUGACCAGCCAGUGGUAAAGGUUCUCCACAGAAAGCAGGUACCCUGCCUUUGAUCUGCUAAGCAAAGUGUUAACCCAGGAAUAAGGGUCCAGGAAUAUUUGACCUUCUAAAGAAGGCAUUGGUGGAGGAAGAAUGUGAUAGCUUGACAGAGCAGGAUCCAAUUCCGAAGCAGGAUUUGCAAGCUGCUGGAGGAUUAUCCCUUGCAUAUUGACAAAAACAACCACAAGGGAGUGAAAUAACAUACCUUGAUUGCCAGUAAAAACCAGAGAGCCAUCCAGUAUUUAACCUAAUCAAUAAGGGUUUCACCUUUCCAAAGGAGCUGCAUUAACCUUUUAAAAGAAAAAGGGGAAUAGACAAAGGCUAGUGUUGUUUUCAGUGUGCUGAGAAAAAGUUGUCAUUGGAUCUUAAUUACAGAACAUAUCUGCCGGGCAUGAGAUGGCUUUUUUUUUUAAAUCUCUCAGGACUACUUUGCUAACAAAAGCUGCAGUAUUUCAGCUGACAUGUCAUAUUAAAAUUAUAUUUAUUGUGCCUCCUGAAAAGAAACCUGUGCUGGCUACUGGAGCUGAUUACUCUAAAAUGCUUUGUAUCUGAAAACAUGGGGGGGCAUCAUCAUCAAGUCCUCUCAAAGUGUAUAGAAAUAUUUCAUCUUCUGUAACAUGGUGCCGCCUAAGUGCCCCAUAUUGAAAAACCUGUACCAUCUUUUGACCUCUGCUAGAGCUUUUUCUUCACUGGUCCGUUGAUGUAGCAUCAUGUUACAUUUCUUUGCAACAAGGAAAGCUCAUUGGUAGAACACCUGUUUUGCAUGUAGAAGGUUCCAGGUUCCAUUCCUAGCAUCUCCUGCUUCAUUGAAAUCUCAGAGAGCAAUUGCCAGUCAGUGUGUUGAACUGGCAGGACCAAAUUGUCUUACUUUGCUUUCUGUGCCUUAUAGGAAAGGCCAUAGUUCAGUAGCUGAGCAUUUGCUUUGUUUGUAGAAGACCCCCAGUUCAAUCCCCAUCCUCUCCGGGCAUGGCAGAGAAUGUCCCCUAUUAGAAAUUCUGGCAAGCUGCUGCCAGCCAAUGUGGACAGUAUGGAGUCAGGUGGACUAAUGCCCUGAUUCACGAUAGGGUAGCUUCCUGUGCUCAUUUGGACUUGUUAAAUUCUUGUUCAAUUCUCUGCCAUGGGAGGUUUUCAAGAGCUCAAGCCAUUUCUGAAAAUGUUCAAAGAUGCUUAUAUUAGUGGGGCUGAGAGUUUAUGAGCAGCUUCUGUGAAUCCUGGCUUUAUAGCCUUAAUAGUUGCUUAAUAAUCAUCAUCUCUGCUCUUUACAGAGCACCUAGUAAAAAUAUAAUUGUUCUUUUAAAAAAUACCUGCAAACUAAUAUCAAUAUAAUUUUGAGAAUUAUAAUUAUAAAUUAUCCAAGGGAACUGCUAACUUGGUUUCUUGUAGCUGCUAGACUUUCUAUUACACAAAAAAAGGAGGAAUUUAAAUAAUCUGUCUCUUGAGCUGUGAUAUAAAACCUUAUGAAGCCUCACAAUUGCUGGAAAGAUAACCUGUAACAUUUUCAUGAUGAAAGGCAAAGAACCAGUAGAACAAUUUUAUGCAAGUUAGUGGGGCUUUUUAUCUUACAUUUCAAGUAACAGUCUGCAUGACCAUUACCUGCACCUAAAAAAGAACUAUGGUGCACCUAAAUUAUGUGUAGGUUUAAUAUACCUACCUAUAUAGAAUUGUACAUACCAUUAUUGUGUAUAAGCAUCUCCCUGAUGACUUGCUCUGUUUUUGUGUUGAAAUUUUAGCAAUCAAAUUAAAACUAAAUUUAGCUAGCAAUCAACUUAAAAAUAAUUUUAGCUAGCAAUCAAAUUAAAAAUAAAUUUAAAAGAUCAUUAGGAAUUACAUGUUAAUAACCAGUUGAAGGGCACAUUUUCAGCCUGACAAAUCUUCAGCAAGAGUUGAGAAAUUAUAGUGAUAAAAAUUGUAGAAGGAUCAAAAACUAGAAGGCAUGUAAAACACAGGGUUAUAUCCAAUCAAGUUAUACUUAGGGUAGACACAUUGAAAUUAAUGAACCUAUGUGAUCCAUUUCCAUUCAUUUCAGUGGAUCUACUCUGAGUAGGACUGAUAUUGGAUACAACCCCACUAUUCCUUCCAAGCUUAUCUAAUGAGGCUGGUUCAGAAGAUUCUCUGGCAUUAACAUCUUUCUUAAUAUUUCUGUAUUUCUUUCUCCAUGAGUCAUUUUGGUGGAACACCAGGUAUUCUGUAAGACAGAUCUGACACAAAAUAUAAGAAACUGUAAAACAUUUUUUAAAAAGCAAUAAAAAUGGCAAGAACAGCCAUUUUUAAAUGACCUUGGCCCUGUAUACCUGAAGGAGCAUCUCUAUCCCUGUCGUUCAGCCCAGACACUGCGGUUCAGCUCCAAGGGUCGUCUUGUAGUUCCCUCACUGAGAGAAGUGAGGGAACUAGGCAGAGGGCCUUCUUGGCAGUAGUGCCCUCCCUGUGGAAUGCCCUCCCAUCUAAAAGAACUACACAACUUUUAGAAGACAUCUGAAGGCAACCCUGUAUUGGGAAGUUUUUGAUGUCUUACUAUGUUUUUAUAUGUACUGGUAGCCACUCAGAGGCCAGAUGGGCAGGGUAUAAAUAAUAAAAUCAUUACUGUUAUUAUUGAGAACAACAAAUCAUGGCAACAAAUGAAUUAAACAACAACUAGGCAGUUGUCCCAAAGUUUCUACGUUUGAGGGCACUGUUUCCUGAACAGGGUUGAUUGACUGGGCCACUGUCUAGUGAAGCUUCAAGUUUGGCAAAUGCCAUGUGAUCAUGAAACAUCCCCCCCCCCGCCACCAAAUUUCACAAGUAUCUAGGCAUGAGGAGCAGCCUGCAAUGUAAAGUUUGUACAUUGCAUCUUGAAUGUUAGUUGGUCCGAAAUAAGAAUCUGUGUCCAGCAUAACUAGAAGAGCAUCUUCUCCCAUACAAACUAACUUUGAACCUUGACCUCUGUGGGAAAGUCAUUUCUCUGGAUCCUCCAUCUAUGAUGAAUUAGAUAUUCUGUGAGGGCCUCUUUGAUUUUGGAAUGGGACGACUGAUCUCUGCUGCUGCUUUAAUUGUCAAUUUCUCCUAGCAUUUUUGCUGUUACAUGCUUGUCAGACGCACUAGCCUACUUCUUCAUCAGUAUGUACCUUAGCCUUUAUGUGACUCUGUUAGCCAGAACAGGGAAGAAUGACCAUCUACCAAUUCACAAAAAUCUUUGUUUCCUUGGUGCUUGAUGGUGAUCCUUACUUAUCCCAGGAGGCUUUCUAAGUAGUUGGUUUGUCAGCCAGCUGUACACAGUCCUCAUUCUUUUUUAAGAGGUGGUGAUUGCAUUUUAAAAUAACCAGAACAAGGAAAGGGUACAUUUUAUCUUGCUCUUUUCUUGAAGUCGUGUGUUCUCCCCUUUCAAAUACUUAUUUAAGAAGAAAGCCAGGCUUUUCAUCAAUUAGGGUUUUGAAUCUACUUUCAAUAUUGUCAGCUCCAAAUGAAAAGUCAAUUUCAGGCUGCAGGCAGCUCAUGUGUCAAGGACAAUUCUUUUCCUCAGAUGGAUUAAAUGUGAGCUUGGGUGUAACGCUGUCAUAGCUUAUCAGGGCACAUGCAGCAGAUUCUGGCAGGUCUCAUGUAGGUAGGGCAGAAUAUUGUAUUUCAAGCAAACCAACACAACUUAUCCUUGCUUAUGUGACAGGAGAUUAGCAGUGACUUGGCUAAGUGACUUGGUUGAUGCCUUUUGAGAAAGAGAUUGCUUUUAGUUCUACGUUCUUGUUAAAUGUUUCAACAACCUUCGUAUAUGCCGGAGGACGCUCGGGGUGGAAUACGAACAGGGAAAUUCUUAAGCAUAUUACCAAUUCAAAUUUCUGUUGGGUUGCAUCCAACCAAAUCCUGCUCAUAGUAAACCUAUUGAAAGUAAUUGGCCUAAGUUACUCACAUCCAUUAAUUUAAAUAGUUCUGUACCAAAUAGCAACCUGCUGUCCUGAUUUGGUUUUUCUUUCUAGAUAGCCCAGUUAUCGAUACUAGGUCUCUUGGAAUGAAGUGUAGACAUAAAAGCAUUGAAUUUUGGAAAUUUGGUUAGUUUGUCUCAUUUUCAAUGACUCAGGGCACAACUUUUUCCCCCUUGCAGAAAGAGACCUGUGUAAGGCCUAGUAGAAUCCUCUUCCAUUUCUGCUCAUCCCUAGCUGGCCUUUGGAACCUGUAUGCAUUCAUACAAAUCCAGUGGAUUCAAAUUCUUUAGCUGUGGUUCCUUCAUUGCAGGAGGUUGGACUAGUUGAUGCUUGGGGUCCUUCCAACCCUGCAUUUCUGUGAUUCCUAUGCUGUAGCAACCUGCUUAUUGCAGGAAAGAGGGUACCCAUGCAUGCAUGCUUCACUUACGCAGUCUAGCUAGUUACAUGAACAUGAUGAAACGCAAGAAAAUGUGUCAACAUCCCGGGCUCUGAAUUGGCCAGUGCACUGCAUGCACCAUGUGUUUCUGAUGGUGUUUCCUGCUUGGCAGGGGGUUGGACUCGAUGGCCCUUGUGGUCUCUUCCAACUCUAUGAUUCUAUGAUUCCAUGUGCCCAUGCGCAGACCAAAGGCCAGCAAGGGAGAGAAAUAAGAGGACUUCAUUGGGCCCUUCCCACUCAGAAUGUUUGACAUUCAAAUCAGCUAAGGACAUCUAGUUUUAGUUUUAAGAAUUUUGCAAAAAAUUUUUGCGGUCUGCCACAGCUGCUCUUGCAGAAUCUCAGAUUGCUUAAAGGGCCUUUAAACAUCCAGAAACAAGAGUUACUAUUGUACUGUUAAAUGGUUAGUUCCCACCCUGAACCCAGUGGGCAGAUGGGAUUAGAAUUUAAUAACUAUGACCUCCAGAUGUAAAACUGCCCUCCUGAUAAUUCCUUGUGCAAGAAGGUAUGUUCAUCUGAAGUUUGAAAUUUGGCACCCUUACUCUUUUAAAUACAGGAAUAAGUUAUAAUUAACCUACUCUGUAUUAAUAUCCAGAUUGCAUUUUAACAGGCUUUCUGUUGGAAACAUCAAGAGAUUAAAUAAUAAUAAUCCAAUUCCAAUAACACCAAAAAAUCUGGUUCUUUUAAAUACAUUAUCUGUCCUGAAAAGCACUUAAUCAUAUUAACCUUUCUAAAAGAUGAUUUAUUAAUCAAAUUGUAAGACCAAGAUAAGAGUUUCUGCAUAAUAGAGAAUUGUUCUAGUGUUCUCCUGUAGGUCACAUCAACUAGAUAAUUUGUUCUGUGGGGUGCGGGUGGGGAACCCUGCCACCUACAAAUUUAUGCAAUAAUGACAAAAAUAAUAUAAUUCUUUACACAUGAAAGACUUGACUCCUCUUAAAUGCUUGGCUCCUGCUGUUCAUGAUGGGUGAAAGGGGAAAUGGCAUUUUUAUUUCGCACUUUCAAGAGUGGCUGUUGCUGUGACUCAUUUCAUUCAUCGUGUCAGACCUUGGCUUGAGCUGAUUAGGGUUCAGAUAAAACCUACUCUGUGGCUGGAGUUUUCAAAAGUACAAUGAGGAAGCCACGGAUUAGAGUUGCUUGCAUGGUAUGUCCUUUCAGCUUCAUAAAUUAAUCCCUUUCUCCAUAGUACAGGGCUUCUGUAAUGAUGCCUGUGACUGUUUGUUCAGACAUUGUGCCAACUGUUUUUUAAAUCCAUGUCAAACCACAGCAUCUGAUUCUUCCAUAACCAUGGUUAAGCAGGAUGUCUGAAUUGAGCCUAAGUUGCAAGUGGCAGCUUGGAUGCCAGACAUGAUAGUGGUACAGUGCAGAGCUUGUAGACCACCUGACCUGUAGUCAGGCCUACAGUUUUGUAUGGCACAACACCAUAACUUUCAUAUAACUGGUAGGUGGGUGCGUAUAGAUUCCAUAUCUGUCACACUCCAAGAGCUCAUUCAAAUCCCAGAAAUUUCAACUUCUCACCAAAAUACUUACAAGCACCAACAGGGUUUCUGGUGCAGCACAGUCCAAACAAACCAAGGCCAUACACAGGGAAUCCAGAAGCAAGGCCAAGGAAAAAAGAUCCAAGGUCAAUAUCUCAAGGUAGUCUACACAGUGCAAUUCAACCAGGAGGCGUAACUAGAGUUGUGUACCAGGAGCCAGAGACUGGAAGGUUCAAGAAGGAACCCUUAUAUACUCGGGCAUCCUAAACCACACCCUAACCACAGCUGAUGGCCCUGAAGGAGUAUCAUGGAUUACUUAUGCAUGAGUAACCUGCAGACUCCUGUGGAUGCUUGCUGUGCUGUUGCAGGGACCUAAAUCUUGUGGUGCUGUUGUGGACUGGGGUGUGGCUCCACCUCCUCAUUUGAUGUCAUGAGGCUCUUGUUCAGGUGUUAACCCAGAGGGCCCCUCAAGGGGAUCUUCAGCACUGGAGUUACGGGUCCCUGCCUGUUUCUCAGUGGUGUCAAGUUCAUCCUCUGAGGCCUUCAUGCCUAUCACAAUGUCAUGGCUAGGCAUGGCAGUAUUCAACAUAAUGCAAAUAAAACUUGUUUCAAAAUUGCAUUUAAAUAUUCUUUUUUGGUAACUCUAUGGUGGGAGUUGAAGAUGCUAAGAUAUAGUAGAAGAGGCAGUAUAUGACAUAUUAUUGGAGGUUUAAAUGUAGAACGGUAGACUUCAUGUUUGAUAUAGGGAGCAUUGCAUUGAUGUUAAGCAGUGAUAGGGAACUUUUGUGGACCUCCAAUAUUUGCUGGACUUCAUUUCCCAUCAGCUCCAGCCAGUGUGACCAGCUAUCAAAGAUGAUGGGAGUUGUGGUCCAAUCAUAUAUGGAAAGCCACAGCUUCCACAAGGCCUGCUUUUAAGGCUGUAAGGCCACACAUACGUACUUCGGAAGAAAUCUCACUGAGCUUCUCAAUAGUUUUUAGUCUUCACCUGCAAGUUUAGGAGCUUUUAUAUGCUGCAGUUGGAUUAGAAGAAAUACUGAAAGCACAUCGCUGUGGAGUUUGGAGUCGGUGUGCAGGGUUGCCUCUGUAGCAUUAACAUUCUGUUCAUGUCCAAAAACAAGCCAUAUUAGGGACACCUUGUGCAUUACUUGAUUAAAUUCCUGGUUGGCUGCUGUAAUCUACAUAAAAACUGAGCAAUAGGGCAUAUCUUGUCCUGCUAUCUGUGACUGACUGUCUAGGUUUACAGCAGCAACGGGGAACCAGGCCUCUCUCUUCAGUUGGAGCUAUUCCCCAGUCCACAUACCUCACUGGCCCUGCAUUGCAUCUCGAGUGCUUUUGCCUGACUGGAAUGUGUCCUUCAGCUCCAAUAAUAACCACUUUCUUGGCAGGAAAGAGGACAGAGAGCUGGGUAAAUGUGUGUAGAAAAUAGUCCACGAGACAAAGGUAGCAUUUGCAUUCAUUGUUCUGUCCACUUUUGCUACUGGCCCCAUCUACCACUGGCCACUAGCAUGUGGCCCUCAGAAGGGAAUGUGCCCUUGGUUUAAAUGAAUGAUGUAGGACAGGGCUCAGCAAACAUAACAUGUAACAACAUUCUACUAGGUGAGCAGAUAUUUGAGAAGGCAUGUGAAGGGUCAUCUUUCCCAUGGGUUCCUGGGGGGCAUUCCUGCAGCUGGAGGGAUGUGAGGAGGGAGACCUACUGCAUCUCCUUUUCUUGUGGCCAGAAUCACAGGCCUGCUUCUUCCCUUGCCAAGCUUCAGGAAUGCUCUCCUUAGAGGUUCAUGGUAAGAAUUUCCAUUUUUCUCACAAAGCUUGGGCCAGAUUAGCUUUGACGCAUGACUUCACACUACCAGUGUGAAAAUUACUGCUGUAGGCAUAAUCUGGUCCCUCGGUCCCUCUUGAAUGCUGGAAAAAGACACUCUGUAAACUACUUCAAAAUGAAUCAUCUUUGUUGUCAAAUUGCUGCUUCAUGGGGGCCUUUUGGUGAACAUGGUGUCCCCAAAUGGACGUAUAGCAGCAAAACAUUACAUUGUAUCUAACGUAGAGCCAUUGAAAUAAUGGAAAUGGCUAAUUUGGGUUGAAUCUGUGUAGGACUUAGCUGGGUACAAUCUUACACUUUUAAAUAAAUAGAAUUUUUUUCUUAAUAUAUUCUUCACCUUGCUUUUCUCUCUCUGUCUUAGUUAACAAGCACAAACCGUGGAUUGAAACAACUUACCAUGGCAUAGUUACAGAAAACGACAACACAGUACUGUUGGACCCCCCAUUAAUAGCACUGGAUAAGGAUGCACCUCUCCGUUUUGCAGGUACGGGCAUCUUGGUAUUUUAUUGUUAACUGUUGUGUGUCUCUUGAAAGUGUGAGAAAUUUGGGCCAGAAAUCACUCAUGUAAGGUGGCAAUGCACUCAUCAGACUAAAGUCUAAUGUGCUGUUAUGCCAAACCAAUGAUUCCAAAUGAUUAGACAGAGCUGGGGAGAUAACCAAUACAGUCUUUGACAGGGACAAGUACAAAAAUCCACACCCAGGAAUGAGGGAAAACACAAGGUUGUAUCUGACUUAAGUUGUACUCAGAGUAGACGCACUGAAAGUAACAGACCCAAAUUAAACUGUUAAAUUCAGUGGGGCUACUUUGAGUAGAACUAGCAUUAGAUACAAACCACAGUUUGCCUGUGCAAGGUAGGACAACUUCUGAGAACAACAUCUAAACUAGAUUUGAGACAGUUAUGUCUAUGGUCUACUGCAGAAGUGUUGGAUUUAAUAGAUUCAGGAUUGCAUUAAUUGAAAUGAAAGAUUGAAGAAAUAAUAUGUCUUCUGUUCUCUGGAUGCAUGUUUCAGAAUAGUUCCACUUUAUUUAGACAAGAUUCAACAUGUAGCUAAAAUUACAAGAGGCUUCUGGCAUUUUGAAGACCUAACAGGUCUAUUAUGGCAUAAGCUUUUCUCAGUGAGAGUCCACAUCCUAGAACAAGUCUGAUGUUGCCUCUGUUCCAUGACGGCAUAUGCCAUAAUAAAACCCUUUAAUCUUUAAAGGUGCCACAGGGUUCUGUGCUGUUUUGGAUGCGAUAUCCAGUGAUAAUUUGUUAACAAGUCAGGAUCUGUGCCAGUGAAGUCUGUUGCAGCUAAAGCAACAAAUGUGGUUUACCUUCUGGAACUGUGCAGCUACUUCCAGUGUGCUAAUGCAAGAAGAAACACAACAAUUAUGCAGAGAGAGAGAGCUGACACUAAUUGUGCAGAGGAAAGCAGUGCUAGAAAUUAGCCAGGCAUGUUUUAUGACUGGAGUGGGUCCGAUUGCAACCAUGUGGAGAUCUCUGGAUGCCAGGUUGGCAACUGACAUCUCCAUCUGGCUGGACCCUCUAGCUUUCUUUAAGCAAGAAAGCAGAAGAGUGUAUUUAUUGCAUUUAUAUCCCACCUUUUCCUCCAAGGAGCACAUGGCUCGCUCCCUCCUCAGUUAAUCCCUACAACGACCCUGUGAGGUAGGUUAAGGGGCUGUGACUGGCCCAAGGUCACCAAAUGAGCUUCAUGACUGAGUGGGGAUUUGAACCCUGAUCUUCUAGGUCCUAGUCUGACACUCUUAAUCAUUCUACCACACUGGCUUUCUAGAGUACUUCUGCUGUGGAGGAACUAUGUAAAUUAAGUAGGUAAAUAUAUACAGUACGGGGAAAGCAAAAUGUCACCUAGAGAAAGAGCUGAAAUAUUUUCCUUAAAGCUUGAAUUUGUUUUAUUCUGUAUUGUUUGAUUUGAUGUUUUGAUGAACCACUGAGAUUUUCUUUCUUACAAUAUAAAGCCGUAUAGAAAUGAAAUUAAUAAUAACAACAACAACAACAACAAGCACCACACUGCGAGGAGGGGGGAAUGAUGCCAAAUAUACCAUUGUGGUGACUGUAACCCAGGCUUAAGGUGCCAUUUGGCGAUUAGCUUAUAUAUCGGUGAGUUUCUAACACUGGAGAGGAGAAGAACAUUCACCAUAAUUGUUGUGGGAGCUUGAAGAGCAUUUUGACAAUGGAUGAAGCAGCUGUUGGGAGUUCUUUUUGAAAAGAAAAGCUGGAGAUGCAUCAUUAUGUACAGGGAAGGGGGCUUUACUGUGUUGGGGUUAAGCAGCUGGACUGGAUAACUACCAAAUAUCUGCAAUACCUCCUUCUUCCCAACAGACCCUCUUGGGUGUUAAGAUUAGCAGAGGGGGCCCUCUUGGUAAUUCCACUGCCCUCAGAAAUUUGGGGUGGAUGCCCAGGAGAGGGCAUUCCCUGUGGCAGUUCCUAGGUUGUGGAAUUCCCUCUCCACCGAGGGGCAUCUAGCACCAUUAUAUAGUUAAUGUCAAAUGCUGAAGACGCAUCUCUUUACUCUGGACACCUGAGAUAUAUAGAUUUACAAGACCCGCCCUAUUCCCUGGAUUAGUUUGUUUUAAACUGUUUUUAAUACUGAAUUUAAAAUUGUUGUAGCCUGCCCUGGGACCUCAUGGUGAAGGGCAACUAAGAAAUCCAACAGUUCCAACCUGUGGACAAUUUCUUCUGCUACUACUUUGUUUUGCUAGGUUGUUACCAUCAUCAGCAACUUGCUUUAAAGUCUACUUUAGUCAAUAAAGGGAUUAAAAAACACAUCCCACAGGUUGCCCCUUGAUUGAUCAGACAUAAGGAGAUUAUGUGCAGGAGACCAUUUGGUGUCAAGUCUAUUCCUUGCUAUUAACGUAAGCUCUUAAUUAGUGGUUUGUCUGAAUAAACCUUUUGCUAAGUAAAAUCUUUUACAGGACCAAGUCCCUGAUUGGGAAACCAGUCUGGCAAUAUUCACAACCAGCCAAAAUGUUAAGAUAGCAAGUUCAUUGCAUUUAUUUUGUCUAUAUUUCAUUCUGACCCGUACGAACCUGCCACAUUUUGGUUUUCAAACACACAUCACUCUGUUCUAUUGAGAACAUGGGCUUUAUUGUAGAGCUUAAAGGGGUGGGGGUGGGAUUGUUUUGAUUAGUUUGUUCAGCUUCAGGAACAGUUUGCAGUCCAAUUUUCCUUAUUGUUUCAACGUUUGCUAUGCUUCUUGCUUCAGAAGGAGAGCUAAGGAUUGGGCAUAGCUGCCCUGUCCAAGACCCUUUUAUCUGUAGUUACAAAUAACUGAAUCUGAGACUUAGGCAGACAAAUCAUGUCCUUACUGUAGCUUAGCAGUAGAGCACCUGAAUCAGUAUAAGGCAGCUUCCUUUGCUCCUAGGACAUGAGGAUGUAAGACAAGCCUGCUGGACCAGGCUAGUGGACCAUCUAGUCCAUCAUCCUGUACUUAUAGUGGCCAACGAGAUGCCUGUGGGAAGCCUGCAAGCUGAAUAUGCAUGCAGCAGCAGCAGCACUCCUAUCCACCUGCGAUUCCCAUCAACUGGUAUUCUGGGGCAUGAUUCUCCUGUAUAAUGCACUGAACUACUGAGUACAUAAGGGGUACAGUGAUCUCUCAAGUAAACUUGGACGUUGUUGGACUCCAACUCCCAUCAGCCCCAGCCAGCAUGACCCAGUGAUCAGGGAUGAUGGGAGUUGUAGUCAAGGAACAUCUCAAAGCCCACAUGUUCCUCUACCCAUAUCCUACAGUUUAAAAAAAAUGCUCCCAUGGGUGCGGUGAACAUAAGAAGAGCCCUGUGGCUCUGGGUCAGACCAAAGUCGCAUCUAGUCCAGCGUCCUGUUCUCACAGUGGCCAUGCAUAAGAAGUCCAAACAACAGUACUCUCCUCACUUGCAAUUCUCAUCAACCGUAAUGAGAUAGGCUGUUCUCUUCUGUCUCAAAACAGAGAGAGAGAUAAAAACUCUGGAGUUAAACAGAAGCUUUAAUAUAGUGUGUGCGCAUAGCUUGCUUACUUCCAAGAAGAAGUAAAUACUUUGGGUUGUCUCCCAUUUAAAUGAAUGGACCUAAAGUUCAUCAUGUCUAUUAAAUUCAUUGGAUCUGCUCUUGAGUAGGACUAGCAUUGGCUAUAACCUUUCCCCCCAGUUAAUUCUCCACACUGUCCUAUAUUAAUAGUGGUGUGUUAAAAGUAGAAAUUUGCCAUUGUGCAUGAUUUAAGUCUCCAUUUUAAGGGAAGUGCUUGCAUACAGGAUAUAAAAGUCCGCAUGCAGCAUGUCUAAGCAUUGUGGAUUCGUCUUUUAAAAAAUAACCCACAACAUUUAAGCCUUCUGUCAGUAUUCCUUCCUCUCUCCCCACUUGCAGUUUAUAGGAAGCUCAUGUUCCGGUGAGUGAUUGCUGAUGUCUGCGUCUCUCCUGGCUGUGCUGCCAGCCCUUGUUUGUUUAGAGCAGUGAGCGGUGCUGCCAUCCGCGCUGCAGCUGGCGAAAUGUGUAGUAUGAGAGUUUAAUUGAUAGGCAAAGAGGGGAAGCAAACAGCCCUGCUUGAGUCAGUGAUCAGAGAGGGGCGUUGGCCUUGUCAGUUCCAAUUAACAGAUAGGAAUGGAUAAUUUCCUGUAACUAGGUUUGCUGGCUAAUUUGUAAAUUGGUAAUAUUGGGCUUAGGGUGGGGCAGGGAGAGCUUUUGACAUCACUCAAGCAGGAAUGUUAGGAGGAAUCUGCCUUGGUAUACGUGUUUUUUAUAUGUUGUGGCAUUUUAUGUAUUGUAAUAUUGCUGUUAUUUUCAUUGAUUAUAAUUUAAUAAAUGAUUCAUUGCAAUUGUUGAGAGUGAAUUUCUGUUUAAUACUCUUUGCUGAUAUUUUGAGAGUUAAUUUUAAAGUACAGUAUAUAGUAGUUAUAUUCUAAUGGAUUAUUGAAUAUUACUUGGUAUAAGUCAUUUAUUUUAAGUCAUAUAUUUUAUUAUUGCUUAUUUCUACUGAAUUGCAGUGCUAUAAGAUAUGUGAUCUUUGUUGUAUGUUUUGUUAUUUAUUCAGCUGGUAAACCGCCUUGUAAACUUAGAAAGGUGGUACAGUAUACAAAUUAAAAGUGAAAUAAAAAUUAAAUGAAACAAAAACUUGAAUUAUCAGGCCUGUGGCUUCAAAUUGGGUUUUUCUUUCCAGCUGUCAUUUGUUUUCAUCUGUGUACGGAUGAGGUUGGAGUGCAGAUGGAACAGACUAGUUUUUGAAGACUAGACAGUUAUUUGUGUCCACCCAAGAACCUUGGAACUGUCACGUUUAGGAUAGAUAGGUGUGGGGCUGUCCUCAGCCACUACUAAACAGUGGGGGGUGGUCCAUUAAGGUGAAUAUGGCACUGCCCUCAACCAGCCCCUGCCUGUCUUCUUGCUUACAAUCAGCCUAGGGAUUGGUCCUACCUGCUAGCUUCCUCUACCUUAGCCUCAGUGUUGCCCUUUGGUAGAAUUCAGCAGGGAGGAGGAUGGGGAAAAAUCUAGAAUUAUUUGCCGUUGCCUGGCUGCUUUCUGGCCUACCAGUCCCGUGGGUGCCACUGUUGAGCAGACAAAUAAUGGUCAGCAAGCUUCCUUAAAGGGCAUCUUCUCCAUCUCUGAAGGUAGAAAGAACUAUAGUGUAGAAUGCUGCUACCAUUAGGAGGGGAUCACUUACCUCUGAGAAGGGGAAGAAGGACCAUAGCUCUGUGGUACAUCACUCUGCUUUGCAAUAGAAGGUUCCAGGUCCAGCCUCCACAGCAUCUCCAAUUCAUUGGAUCAGGUCAAUUAGAGUGGAUAAUAAGGGACCAGAUUGGCCAGUAGUCUUAUCUGGUAUUAAGUACCUUUGUUUGAGUGGGAAGACACCACAGAGGUGCAAAACUAGAGCACUCUGUGAAAGACCUUUGCUUGAGGUCACAUCACUUCCAAUUAUGUGUACCUGUGAGGAAUACACCUGCAUGACUGCAGUUCAUCAAAAGUGUAGCUGUUUCUAACGGAGGGCACAGUCCAUUGGUUGGAGAACCCAGAAUCUGCUCCAAUCUUGACCUUCUACUUUUCUUGAUUGUAGGUAAAUCCAAUGCUGAAUGCUGUAUUUCAGCAUUGUUUUAAGAAGCUGUAUUUUCUGGUUCCCUGGUUGUUGUUUUUAAAGUGUUUUGACUGUGCAACUCUGGCAGAAACAUUAUACCCAUUAACUGUGCCCUGGAAAUCUGGAGCACAUAUUGAAACUUUGACCUCUUGUCUGUUCAAUUAUUAGAAUAUGCAAAACAGUCCCCAAAGCACGCCUUUUGGCCAGAUUAUGGGUGUUGUUUUUUAAGACUCCCUAAUGUGUUCAGAAAUGUUUGUUUGGGUGAAAUUCCUGGCCUUUCUGUAGAACAGCGAGUGGCCAAAUGAGUGCCAUACUUCAAAGCCCAAUUUAGUGACAUGCUUGGAAUUUGUCUGGCUAAAUGCUUGUUUCUGUCCUCCCUCUCCCCAGGGUCGAUGUAGAACAGGGUAACUGAGUUGAAUUCAAAGAAAUAUUUCUAUUUCAAAUACUCCAGGCCGUAAAUUUCAAAUAUUUGCCUGUUAAUUUUGCUUUGCUCAUGUGCUUCACAUGAAAGUGAAGAUUGGUCGGGGGGGGGGGAGAGUUUCUCAGUGCAUCUUGAGCACCGCAGACAAUGUUUGGAGAAUCAAGGAGUGUUCCUGGAUAGAUUAGUUCUGACAGAGGGAUGCCAAGAAGGGUGAUGCUCGAAUCGCCUCAUGGCAAAGGUUGGCAUUGACUGGCAUUGACAAAGGAGUUUAAGAGACCAAUUAAAGUGGCCAAGAGCUGUGCAGUCUUUUUAUUUUCAAAAGCCAGCCCAGGCAACUGUGUCACAUUAACACACUUCUUUCUUGUCUGUCUCUCCCCCCCCCUCCUCCCCACCCUGCUUCGCUGUUGGGCUUCUUGCCAUCAUGCCGUCCUGCAGCCAUAGACUAGGCUCUUAAUGUUUUCAUGGGAAUGUUUGCUUCAAGAAAGCAUAGUGUUUUUGAAGCAAAAGCAACAGAGUGUAUUGUGGCACCUUUUUAAAGGCGUAAGAAAAUUUUAUUAUAACAUAAUCUUUUCAUUGGGCCUAGUACAGGAGAAAAUCAUUCAGGUGGGAGUUGAGCGGCAAGGAGAUGUAAAAAUCGCAAACAGCAAUCAAUAAGAACUUUAAAUGUAAGUUAAAUAGUGAAAUCUGUUACAGUAGCAGAUUGGUGAUAAUACGAUCCUCUCACCAGUGCCGAGUAAAUUAACAUCUUUAGUGGAACAGGAAACUAUUCACAAGCAGUUAUUGAUAAAAGAAGAAUACAAUGUGAAAUAGCUGAACUGCAGUUCAUCAAGAAGUUCAGUGCCAUCCCCUGUGAGUUAAAUUGAGAUAACUGCUUGAGUUAAUCAGCUUACCAAUGCCAAAUAUCUGUGCUGUCUAGUACUGUUUCUCGUUGAUGGUGAUAAUGCAGUCAUCUCUGCAAUGCUCAAUAAAAUGUCACCAGUCUGCCAUUUCAUGACUAGUCAUGAAAGUUUAUGCCAUAACACAGCUUGUCCUUAAGAUAGCAAAAGACAGUUGAUUUUUGCUGCAAGAAGCUAAGACAGCUACCAUUCCCUCUGGAAAUUGUUCUUGAAACUCAUUCAUGUGCCAGAACUAUUGGUACUCUAGCAUUUUCAUGAGCUUUUUGUAUUCAGCCCUCUGGUUGGGGAACUUGUCUGAAGUCUACUUGCAGGGGUGCAACAAUAGGUUUUGUACUCUCAGUGACCCAUUGACUUCCCAAAUAUACUGUAUUGAGUUCCUUUCCCAGGAGGGCAAUAUUUGCUGUGCCUGGCCGAUGAGGGCAGAAUAAUUGAGUGGGUCUUAAUUGAAAAUCAAGACGGUUUUUAAAAAAAGUCAUGUGUUUCAGCAAUGAUUUGGGUCCAGUUGAUUUGAUUUGGCAGUGAUUUGGGUCCAGUUAAUUUUAAUAGGACAUUCCUAUUUCAUGCAUUUUUAUUGGAAGAGGUAGUUGUAGUGCCUCAUGCAAGCAUCCAUUUAGAAGUAGCAUGUGUCACCUUUCAAGUCUUUUCCACAUUUAACAGAGACAGCAUAUAAUGGCUGUUACAAGAUGGCAUAAUGGCUGCCAACCUGGAUGGCUUUAAGAUAGACUCAUGGGACAUCAGUGGUUGCUAGCCACAGUGAUAUGUUCUACCUCCACUGUCAGAGGCAGUGUGCCUGUAAAUACUAGUUGCUAAGAUUCACAAGUGAGGAAAGCUGCUCUUGUGCUCAGGUCCUGCUUGCAGGCUUCCCAUUGGGGCAUCUGUUGGUACCCACACAACCUUUAGAUAACAGGCAUGCAUAACUUCUUAAAUGAGUGAACAUUUUUAAAAGUGAAGUGUGUUGCUACUUCUGCUGCACAGACUCACUUGCAUUUGGAAAGCAGAAGGCUUAAUGGGCUGGUGGAGCUGUGACAAGUGCAUGGGUACCACUUAUCUUUCCACAACCUUUUCUGGCGGCAGCAGUUGCACAGCCUGGUGGCCAGCUGAGCUAGAGAUGCAGGCAGGCAUGGUUCAACAUUCAGCAAACGCUUUGGCAGCCCACUUUGCACUCUGCCGAGCUUUCUCUGCAGCCGUGCUUUCCUAAUGCUCGUUGGGCAAAACCUGACACAUUUGUUCCCCAUGGUGUGGUUUGCCAUCCUGUAGCAUAACAGACAGCAAGAGAUGACUGCAUGCAAAAGACCCAGGUUCAGUUCUUUGGCUGGGAGAGACCCCUUCUUGAAAUCCUGGAAAGAUGCUGCCUGUCUGUAGACAACAAUGAGACAACUCAGUAUAAGGCAGCUUCCUUUGUUUCUAUGAGGUUAUGUUUCUAAUCUCCAGCCUAUGGGCCAACUUUUACCUACCUUGCCGUUCCUGGAAAAUCACACCCAUUUCCUCUGCCCUUCAAGCCUCAUUCCCUACCUACACAUCUCCAGUUUUUCUUUCUUAGUCUGCUGAUGUUGGGUGCUCUGCCUUUGUACCUUCCCUGUGUCCCAGAAUUGCUUUCAGAGUCCUCCAUCUGCCCCCUUGUGGGAUUCUCGCCCCCCUUGUGGGAUUCUUAAUCCCAGGCAAACUGACAGCUUCAGCUUCCCUCACAGAAGUCUAACUGUAGAAUGUUUAGCACCUAGGCUGCUGCACAUCCUGCACUGCCACAUCAGCUCAACCAGUCAAGUGUUGAAGGCUUCCCUGCUACAAGUGAAUAUGAUAUUGAUACAAUAGGCAAUGUAUUGGGGUGGCUGUGGGACUUGGUCCUAGGUAAGUUGGCAUAGGAUGGCAACCUAGAUCUCUUUUAAAUAUAUAGUUCAGAACAAGUAUGUAAACUGCAAAGUACUGGAAGAAGGAAAUGAGUGGUGUUGAAAAUGUGUUAACGUGAAAUGGCAUCUUUGGUGUCUCUGAACUUGAAAGAAAGGAGUAAGGUGAAGAUCUGGUUCUGACCAUUUGAUUCUGAUUUUUUUUAAAGAGAAAUGUUCGAAGGUUUUCUGUGUAAAUGUCUACAUCUUUGACCUUUUCCUUAUUUGCUCCCUUUUCAGUCUUUCCUGUAUUACUGACUUGGGUUUAUCUUUUCUCCCUUUAGAGAGUUUUGAGGUGACAGUCACCAAAGAAGGUGAUAAAGGGUUCUUUCUAUCCCCCUUUUAUGAAUAUUAACCCACUAACUUUGGUUAUGAAAUGGGGAAUCAGCACUUAAACAGAAGAUCCUGUCAUGCUCUUUGACCCCAUUUUAUUAUCCCAGUUUUUUCCUCCCCGACCCCACCACCCUCAAAAUAUAUUGAUAGAAAAAUGUUAUGUAACCAACCCUUGGCUAGAAAUAUCGGUAAAUCAGACAUCCAUUUGAACUGUGCAGUUUAAUACCUAGGCUGUGUAUAGUUCUGGUAAAUGUGUUUUCUGAGCGUUUUCUCUAAUAGUUUCCCUUUCUGGGGGUGUUCUAGUCAUAUAUUGAAACAAAACUUUUGCCAACUGAAGCAAUGAAUUGUAUACUGCAUACCAGCAAUUCAUGGUAUAGAUUGUUGGUCACUUUGUAUACAACUAAGCUGGAUACAACUAAGCUGGACUUAGUUGUAGCCCAUGCAGGUAUAAUAGUUGUAAUCUUGGAGAUGGAGAUACCCACAAACAUGUUUAUUCUUUCAGCCUCCCUUGCCUUCCAGCUUUCCUUCCCUUUUCAGAGCUAACCAUGGUGCUUGGUUACAUCUGUACUGAAGCAACAAUGGUUAGUUUCAAAGUGGUAUAACCACUGUAGGCUUGCACACUCGUUUGAAACUUAACUGCGCUUGUAGUAUUAGUGGAGAUGUAACUCUGUGCUAUGGUUAGCUCUGAAAAGGAGAGAGAGACGGCAAUUAUGUGCAAGAAGGAAGUCGAGGGGAAAGAGAGUGUGAGCAGGUGGGGCAUCCUGAAUCUCACAACCGUAGGCACAACAGUAGAAAUAGUUUGUCCUUGCACUGGGCCUAUAUCACUCUCUCCUAUUUAUGUUAUGGUUUAGGGCUGAACCACAAAGUAAGAGUAUAGAGGACAGUUCUAAGUUAGUAGGUUGAAAUGGAUGCCUGAAAAAGUUGGUAUUUCUACCUUUUCUCAUUCAGUAGUUCAUUCUGAUUCCCUGACUUUUUUUUUUUUAAACGCCAGGUACAUUGCACAGGAAGACUUUGUCCUUUUGAUCAAUUGACAGAAUUUAUGUUAAUUGUGGUGCUGAAUCUUCUAUAUAUCUUGAAGCUUUUCUUUCCAUCUUUUCCCCCUGUUCCCUCUCCCGACUUUGUAACGGCGCAUUAUAACCUCCUGCUCUGGUCAAAAUCCAGCAAAGCUGCCCAGCUAUUUCCCAGUAGCUUGGCAUAGAAGAUAUCUCCCCCACCCUGUGGCCUUGGCUGUUCGCUCCCCUAAGAUCUCUUACUCUUUUGCCCUAGAGUGCAUCUCAAGUACUCCUGUGAAAUGCCUGUCUACAUCUCUCUUUCUCUCUCUUUUUGUAUUCCUGCAUGAAUGGAUGCAAAGUAAAAAAACCAGUUGCUUGGAAAGCAAAAUGUAUGCCUUUUUAUUUUUAUUUUAAAAACAAAGUUCCCGGAACUCACCCAUCUUUAAAAGCACAGUUGCCUCUUUGCUUUGUCCACAGACCCUCACAAACCCCUGGCUGCACACACAUACAAUUGCAUUUAAAAAGCAAAACAAAAAAAAACCACCCCACUGUUUCAUGCUUUGUUACCUGGAAAUGCUAACUGGAGUUACUUUGAAUCUCAUAGGUGAGAUUUGUGGGUUUAAAAUCCAUGGCCAAAAUGUCCCUUUUGAAGCGGUGGUGGUGGAUAAAUCCACCGGGGAGGGGAUGAUCCGAUCCAAAGAGAAACUGGACUGUGAGCUGCAGAAGGACUACACGUUCACCAUCCAGGCCUAUGAUUGUGGGAAGGGCCCAGACGGAGCAAAUAUGAAGAAAUCCCACAAGUAAGUACAGCGUGGGAGAGAGGGAGGUGGGAGGCUCUGAUUUAGGCAUCUUUUUCCCUCCUGACAGGAUGCGGUUUCUUCUUCUUUGUAGUCUGCCCUUGAAUGAAUGAAUUAAAACCGGCUGGCGACAGUGAUAGAUGCUCAAUGGGUGGUCUUGGUACCAGAAGUGUUCCCAGCUGCACCCGUACCCUAAAUUGCAUUGAUCUGCCCAUACAUUACCUGCUUGAUUAAAAUCAUUCUGCCACAUUCAUAAGCUGCCUGUUUGCCAGUGUAUUCAAGGCCGUUAGCAGUCGUAAACAAUGAUUUGGGUUUUAAUAAUAAACGUGGGGUAGGAGGGAAAGAGGUAAAUAAAGGUAUGUUCAGUGGUAGAGUAUCUGCUUUGCAUGCAGAAGGUCCCGCCCCAGCAUCUCCUGAUAGGGCUUAGGUAGAGACACUGUCUGAAACCCUAGAGAGCUGCUGCCAGUCAGUAUGGACUAUACCAGGCUUCCUCAACCUCAGCCCUCCAGAUGUUUUGAGACUACAAUUCCCAUCAUCCCUGACCACUGGUCCUGCUAGCUGGGCAUCAUGGGAGUCGUAGGCCAAAAGCAUCUGGAGAUUGAGGAAGCCUGGAUUAUACUAUAACCUCCAACAUUCCUCGAAUGAAAAUAGGGACAGUCUAUUCUGCAUUGUUAUCACUGCUUGGGCAUUGACAAAAGUUAUUAGAGAUUUUCUUUUCCCCUCAGGCUUCCCUAAAUGCAAUGCAUAAAUUCAAAGAUUUCUGUGCUUAAAAUACAGCAGUUCUGUGUGUUUCCUCUAAUAGAUGAAACCAGUUGUUCCAUCAAGCUCAGUAUUGUCUACACUGACUGGCAGAGGCUCUUACAGAUUUCAGGCAAGGGAGUCUUUUCCAGCACUAUCUGGAAAUUCCAGGGAUUGAUCCUUCCUUGGGACCUUCUGUAUGCAAAGUGGGAUCUCUAUCACUAGGCUAUGGCCCUUUCCCAAAUGCCUUCCCCAAAACUGGUACUCUGUCAUACCUCGGGUUGCGCGUGUUCGGGUUACGGACACGCCAAAACCCGGAAGUACCGGAACAGGUUACUUCUGGGUUUUGGCGCAUGCGCAGAAGCGCCGAAUUGCAUCAUGUGCGUGCGCAGACGUGGCGCUGUGGGUUGCGAACGUGCCUCCCGCAAGGAUCACGUUCGCAACCUGAGGUUCCACUGUAUUGCAUCACUUUGCAUUCUUUUUUAAAAAUAGAACUUUUAUUGAGUUUCAGGACAAACACAGAAAAUAUACAGAAUAAAAACCGUACUGUAUUCAGAACUCAAAAACAUUGGUUCCCCUUCCACCCGGAAUCCACUGACCCUUCUCCCACCUGUUCCCUAGAGAGCUUAAUGUCAUCAGCACACCCAAAGCUUCUUCAUAGUACUUGGUUACAGCAGGGCCAGACAGAUUAAAGGGAUUCAGUACAUACACCUGUCAUGCCUAAAAGAGCCAGAUGCGUAUUGGGUUGGAACAAGGUUUAGAUCUCUAAAUCCGUAGUCAUAUCCCAUUCUCUAAGAUGUACCUCUUGGAUUUGCUCCUGUGCAUAUCUUGUACAGCUUGGGCAGGGUGCUGCUGCUGACACCCAGCUGCUCUCCAGCCUCUUAACAUGGUCCAGAAGGCUUUGGUUGAUGGGCAGCCUAAGAAUGGAAUGGAUGAAUGAAUGAAAGCAUCAGUGCUCUUCUCCAAUACACAGAAGUGGGCCCUGAUGCUGUAGACCCUUUAAUAUGUUGUAUGGAACAGGCCCGUCCUGGAUGUGCAGUAUGUAUACAUAGGGUCCCAUUUUUUCCACGGCAUGCAAAAAUUCCCCCCCUCUCCAGCACACAGCAGUCUUUAUACACACUGUUCUCUUUCACAUGUCCUCAAAGCUGGCCAAAAGCAUUUGUUCAUUGAUGGGAAAUAAAACAGUGGGUUCAAGGAAUCUAAAAUAUGUAGUGGAUCUUUUUGUACACCUACUUAGGCUCCCGCUGAAAAGAAAACUCUUGUGUGAAUGAGACUGAUGCUCUGUAUAUCAUAACUUCAGUGGCUAGAAUACUUUAUGCAAAGGCGUGGGGUGGAAAACGGAAGCCUAAUAAACUAUAGUAAAGCAUGGGAGCAGGUAAAUAUUGGUAAGCUAACAGAUAUGCCUAUGGGGGUAGAGAAGUUGAGAGAGAGAAUAAUCCAUGGAACCAAGUAACUUAAUAUCUCAAAAGAGAGGUGGGAAUUUCAGGACAGGGAAUUGAUUACAUGUGUUUAUGAGGACAUAAAAUUGAUACAAAUGAGGAAAAGUCAAAAGCUUAUACAGCAUGAAGAACAAGUCAGUCAUCAGCCCCAGGUAUCCUUUUUUAACUCUUAUAUUUAUUCUAGCUCUGUAAUAGUAAAAUUAUUUAAUUCUAUGCAAGUUUGAAAUUAAAGGCUUUAAAUAUUGAUGUUCAAUUGUAUGAAACAAUCAUGUUUAUUUAUUUUUUAAAUGAAACUGGUGCUCCAGACAACGUUUGCAUUUCCAAAGCUCAAUCCCCUAUUGAUUUAUUCUGUGUUUUGCUUACUGAUAAGGGUCACACGUUUUUGUAAUAACUUCUGAGUACAAGAGGCAGUCUCAGAUAUUCUUUAUAGGUUUUCCUAUUAAAUAUAAGCUAUUGUAGUCAUCUUUAUGGUGGCAAAUUUUCAUGCCUUUAAGAAAUGAGCUCACUUGGCCUUUACUUCAAUAAAUCUUGAGUUGUAAUAAAAGCUAUCAAAUCUGGCUGACCAGGCCAAUUGCCCUGUCUUUAUUCAGUUCCCAUGAUUCAUUAGAUGCCAUUUAUAGUAGGGAAAAUAAAUGACCGGCACCACAUUUGCAAAGCCUGAGACAUGAGAGUAGCUUUGGAUGUUCCAUAGAGGGACAGCGAGUGCUUUGCAAACCCUAUUCUUCUUUAUCUCUGUUUAAUGUGCAUUAGAGAUGCAAGGCAUUACUUGUUCCUUUGCCCCAUUGUGCCUUCUUGAAACUGCUCCGUUGCUUGCUGCCAGGCAUGUAACUCCUAGGUGCUUGAAGCUGAAAAUUCCAGACAGCUGUGUUGCUCGUCCUCUGACGGGGAAAUGAUAGCACUCCAUCUGUGUCUUCCUCCCUAGUACAGAGGUAGUCCAACAUUGUGUCCUCCAGAUGUUGCUUUGCAGCAAGACUCUUAGCAACUUGGCUCUGGAAGGAACCCACAGUGCAUAGUUAGGCUAUGCAGCCCCCUGCCACAGGAGGCAGUGAUGGCCACCAGCUUGGAUGGAGGGCAGCAGGUUGUCUGCCUUUGCCCAAGUAGAUAGAAGGGCCCUGGGGAGUGUGGGAUCAGUGGAUGAUUUCCUGUGGGUUGAUCUAAAAAAACAAACAAGCUGCAUUUUGAUUACACUCUCGUGUACUGGAAUAGCUAGAAAGAUAAAGUAGGCAGUUGGUUGAAAUCACAUCUCGGACUUGGACUCCUUAUCUACCCACACAUUAGUAGCCUCCGUGUUUCAAUAAUAAUAAUAAUAAUAAGCUGCUAUUUCAAUGUAUUUAUAUUCCACCUUUCUCCUAGUUCGGAAUUCAAGGUGGCUUAUAACAUUUAAAAACAUCACUAUAAAAUAUAGAGUAAUAAAAGUGAGCUAGUUGAAAAGCAAUAGUUAAAAUACAUUAAAGCACAUUUAAAACCAGCAUUGAAAUACAGUUUGCCCUGACAGCGGCCCAGUGGUCAGCUUUGUCUGCAUCUUAGUUUUCUAAGGGCUAUCUGAAUAAUGGGAAUAAUGGUGGCCUUGCAGGGGUGAAAGGCAAACAUGCAGGUUCGGAGUUGCAGAAUCUUUUUAGAACACUAAUACUAUUCUGUAAACCACAACUGGUUGAUUGCUAGAGAAUGUAGUUGGCUCGCUUUUUGUUUUGACUCUGCUGAAUGCCAAUAAUGGGCUGCUACUCUGUCUCCAGAGCAACGGUGCAUAUCCAGGUGAACGAUGUCAAUGAGUAUGCCCCGGUGUUUAAAGAGAAGUCCUACAAAGCCGCCGUUAUUGAGGGCAAGAGGUAUGACAACAUCCUGAAAGUGGAAGCAGUGGAUGCCGACUGCUCUCCCCAGUUCAGCCAGAUCUGCAGCUAUGAAAUCGUCACACCAGAUGUUCCCUUUGCUAUUGACAAGGAUGGUAAGUAGGACCAUUGACUGUGUGUGUGUUUGUACAGGGAUAGUGUCCAUUUCACCCUGCUCCGUAAAAGCAUUUAAAUCUGGCAUUUUUUAUUUUUUGAGAUUUUGGAAGGGGAAAAAAAGCUCAGCAACUGUCUGGAAAUGUGGCAGCCCUAUACUAGGACUAACAUUAGAUACAAAUGAGAGAUGAGGAAUCUGUUGCCCUCUACGAGCUCCCAUCAGACUCAGCCAGUGUGGCCAGUGAUCAGGGAUGAUAGGAAUUGUAGUCCAACAACACCUGGAGGACCCACAUGUUCCUCAUCCCUGAUGCAACAGAAGAAAAUACCUCUUUUCAUGGGUGCUUCAAAUUUUCAGCCUACAAAAUAGGAGUAUUUCAAACUUUGUUCUGGAGAGCUUUGGAGCUGGUCGUGUGCUUGUCAUAGGCUACUAUAGGAGAUCAGGUGUGUCUAAGGAAAGUUGGAAAAAGACUUAAUGUCUCUCUGCUGCCCAUCCUGCCCUGUGAUGAAAAGUCACAGGGGAGGGAUGGACGCAUUCCACAGCAGAGGUUCUCAAAGCGCUGGUGGACCAUGAGCUCCAUUCUGAUGGGCUCCAGAAAGCUUGCAGAAUUGUACUUGGUCCUGCAUUUUAUGGAUUCUUUUUCUUCUUCCGUUUUCUUUUCUGAUGACUGGGAUUGAGGCUUCUUUUGACUGGGACCAGGUUGUUGAAGAGGCUAAAGAGGCCUAGUGCCUUCAAUUUUCUCAGCGGUUUUAUUGUGACACAGGAGCUGUAGACUGAAAAACACUGUUAAAACACACACAUCCUUUGAUUUAUGGAACAAAAAAAGUGCAUUAAGUUAUCUAUUGAGGUUCCCAGUGAGUGGUCUGCAGCAACUUUUGAGAACCGUCAUUCUAGAGUACCCUGGACUCUUUAAGUUCACUUCAUGCAAGAGGCACAACUGCUUGGUUAGUGUCUUGUUUAUUUAGUGCAUUUAUAUCCCACCUUUUCCUCCCAAAAAGCUCUAAGUGGUAUACAUGGUUCUCCCCCUCCUCAUUUAAUUCCCUCAACAAUCCUGUGAGGCAAGUUAGGCUGAGAUACAGUGACACGCUCCAAGGGUCACCUGGUGAGCUUCAUAGCUGAGCUGGGAUUUGAACCCUGGUCUCCCAAGUCCUAGUCCAGCACUCUUAAGCACUACAGCACACUGUAGGCUGAGCACUGCAAAACACUCUUUAGCACAGAAGAUUUGAUGGCAAAAUAAAUACUGGAUUAUCUACGUGCAUUUUUUGUUUGCUUUCUGUUGAUUCUCUAUGCGUUCCCACUGCUUCUCGAACCCAUUCACCAAGAAAAUUCUCCUAUAACUUGGCAUAGGCAUCCCAAGUAAAUUUUUAUUCACAACUUCUCCACCCCCUCAACCUUUUCAGUGCACCAGUUUGUUUGUUUUUGAAAAAAACACAAACGCUUUCCUCCCGCUGUCAGGUUACAUUAAGAACACAGAGAAGCUGAACUACGGCAAGGAGCACCAGUAUAAGCUCACCGUGACGGCCUAUGACUGCGGGAAGAAGAGAGCUGCCGAGGACGUGCUGGUGAAGAUCACCAUUAAACCUACAUGCAAGCCAGGCUGGCAAGGUUAGUGCUGUUCCCCACCCACCCAGUGCAGCGUUACAGCAGUGAAAUGCUUUCCAGUGCAUAUUACCAGUACCCUUUUUUUGGGGAAAGGUGGUGUUGAGAGUGUUGGCAGAGCAGCUGUAGGUGUCCCUGGAAGACACUUCCUACUUGGAUCCGCUUCAAUCUGGGUUUAGGCCUGGUGGAUCCAGGGUCUAGUCAACCCAUGCAGAGGGGAGUGGGGUUCUGGCCAUCCUGAAUGAGGCGGUGAUCUAACCACUCCUGAAAAUAGUAACGGUACCGCUCUGUUCUGUCUUGUUCAGUCCCCACCUGGAGUUUCAUGUCCAGUUCUGGGCACCACAAUUUAAGAGCAAUAUUGACAAGUUGGGACUGUGUGCACAGGAGGGCAACAAAGAUGAUAAAGGGUCUGGAAACCAAGCCUUGUGAGGAACAACUGAGGGAGUUGGGUAUGUUUAGUCUGGAGAGGAAGAGAUUAAGAGGUGAUAUGAUAGCCACCUUCAAAUAUCUGAAGGGCUGGCAGUGUCACAUGGAAGACAGUGCAAGCUUGUUUUCUGCUGCUCCAGAGGGUGGGGCCCGAACCAAAGGAUUCAAAUGACAACGCAGGAGAUUCCGACUAAACAUUAGGAAGAACUUUUUGAGGGUAGCAGCUGUUAAUCGGUGGAAUGUAUUUCCUGGGAAAGUGGUGGACUCUCCUUCAUUGGAGGUUUUUAAACCGAGGUUGGAUGGUCAUCUGUCAGAGAUUCUUUAGGUGUGAUUCCUGCAUUACAGGGGGUUGGACUUAGAUGACCCUUAGGGUCCCUUCCUACUCUAGAAAAGCCUGUUGGUUUGUGACAACUACCACCCAGUUCCCAAUACUACCCAUCCCUCCCUUUAGGAAAGGUGUUUCAGAGGGUUGUGGCAAGUAAUUGCAGUUACUCUUGGAAGAAAAAGAUCAUUUGGACCCAUUUCAGUUCUCAGUUCAGGCCCGGUUGUAAUAGGAAGUAAAAUAUUUUUAGUUCCUAACUCAUCACCUUUGUCCUUCUGAGGCUGUGGUUUUGUACUUCUUUAUAUUCUCUGCUUUCUUUUAAAAUUGGAUUGAUUGAGGUACGAGGGUUUGCUAAUGGAUCUUUACUGUUCUCCCCUACCCCCUCUAUUUAUGACUUCAGGCUGGAGCAAAAGAAUGGAGUAUGAACCUGGAACUGGCUCUCUCGCUCUCUUUCCCAACAUCCAUCUGGAGACAUGUGAUGAGCCCAUCACCUCCGUGCAGGCCACAGUUGAGCUGGAGACCAACCAUAUCGGGAAGGGCUGUGACCGAGAUACUUACUCUGAGAAAUCCCUUCACAGGCUCUGUGGUAAGUUCCUUUGGUCUGACUUAGGCCUAUCGAAAAUCCACGCCUUCCUUUUAUCUUUAUCUCUUUUCAAAUAGUGCAAAAUCUGCAUAACCAACCCACCACAAAUCAGUAUUUUUAAAAUCUUAAAACUUUAUAAAAUUAAACUAUUUUGCUGUUGUUGUCAUCCGUCUGUCUCGAGAGUCAACAGAGUGCAUUUCCAGGAGUAAAGUCAGACUGCUGAGUCAGCAGCACCGAAGUGACCUCCAUGGGGUGCAAGCCUGGGAGACCUGGGAUGCCCAGAAAACAAGACCCCCCUCUUGGUCUUGCUGGUGUGAUCCAAAGGAAAGCAGAGCAAUACAUUUGGCACCAGCUUAGCUGCAGGACUUGCCAGAAGUACAAGGCGCUAUUCAACCAUCUUAGGGACUGCACUUCUGAUUUCUGUAGAGUUUACUCCAUAGUCUUUUCUUCUCCUGAAGAUAUUCCGCAAGGCAGCAGAGGUAUAGGAUCAGAGUUUUAUUUCUCCUAAAUGGGCUACCUUCUCAGGUUGACGAGCCCCAUCUGCCCCUAUAAUAGAACUAGAAUAAAUAUUAUGAAUGGAAGUAACUAUUCUUAAUAAAAGGAGCAGAUACUUCAUCUGGUGUCUGUUACUUGUUCUUCAUUUUGUUUAAAGCCCUCAGCUUUUCCUUUAAGUGCAUUUAUUUCAUGUACUUUGUACAGUAGGCUAUUUUCUAAACACACAAAUGCACACUUCUUUGUCCUCCUUCCAUGCAAGCAAAGAGUCAAAAGACACAUUUCCAGCCAGGCAAAAACACUGAGUGAGUGUGUGAAGCAAAACCAGUGAGACGGAUAGCCUGGAGAGGGUCCUAUGGGUCAGAUAGAGAACCCUGGAGGGCUGCAUUUGACCCCCUGGGUCUGAGGUUCCCCAUCCCUGUUGUAAGCAUUGACAGACCAGAGCUGGAGGAAGGUGGGCACUCCCCUUUAGCAUGUGGCCUUUAAAACAGAAAGGAUAACUCAUUUAUUUGUGUUACUGGUUUAUAAUCCUCCCUUUUUUGUUGGUGUGCUGGAAGUGGCUAAUGCACACCACCACUGGCACGAAAUAUCAGUGUGAAAUUAUAGCAGUCUUUAUCUGUUGCGUGUGAGUUGGUCUCUUCAUCAUCAGCUAGCCCACAAGUCAUUAUUCACAGCUUCUCCUGCUGUCUGCCUCCUCUGGGAAAGACCAGAACUAGGCUAUAAACAGUGCAGAAGGCCCGAAGAGGCAGGUGCAAACCUGCACCUAUAUCCCUAAUAGUGUUGUAUUAUUCUCUCUUAACUGGAAGCUCCUUUGGGAGCCAAUCUUGGCUGCAUAGCAUGGUGUCAGUAUCCUUACGAACAAUUCCCAGUGCAAGCUCUUGAGAGAUGGCUUUGGUCUUCCUCCAUGGCUCCUGUCAGCUGAACAUCUCUCCAGGGGAACGAGCAACGAUGGCAAUUGUUAGGGCAGGGUUUGGUCCCUUCCCUUUCUCCUGAGAAUUAAACAGCCUCUGAGUGCGGCAGCAGCAGCAGUGAUGGCUCGUGGAAGGCUGAACUUGAAGGAUUGGAUGACAGAAGCCAUAUGAGAGGAGGGAGCUGUAAAUAGUGAUGGAUCCUUCUUCAAUUUGAAACAGGAACUCAACAAGAGAAGUGCCAUUAGAAUGUAAUGCAGUUCUCAAUACAAAGUGCAGAGAUACUGAAGGCAGUGGAACCUGGAUAUUGGCCAGUGGGUUAAAUGGGGGGGGGGCAUUUUUAAAGCUGUGGGGGUCUGUCUAGCUCCACUACAGUGGAAGUUCAGCAAACAAUGCUGACUCUGAAUUCUUGCUGCUAAUUCUGUGAAAGCCUAGCAUUUUUUCCUAACAACAGAUCACACACACACACACACACACACACACACACACAAAUGUGUUUCCUCUGUUGGCAGUCAGCUGUGACAUAGUUGAUGGUUUUAAUUGCAGGUGCUUCCUCUGGCACAGCUGAGCUCCUUCCUCCUCCAAGCAGCACGGCAAACUGGACAAUAGGCCUUCCGACUGACAACGGCCAUGACAGCGACCAGGUCUUCGAGUUCAAUGGCACCCAAGCCGUGAAGGUCCCAGACAACGUUGUCACCGUCAACAUGAAAGAGCCUUUUGUGAUUUCAGUGUGGAUGAGGCAUGGGCCUGGGGCCAGGGAGAAGGAGACCAUCAUCUGCAACUCAGACAAGACAGGUUGGAAUGGGUGGAGAAGGGAACCCUUGGGCUAAAAAAUGGAGGCUUUUAGGACUGGCUGAACCAUUGCAACGCCACAGAACGUUAGCAAACAUUCCAAGUUCUGUGAGUUGGAGGGAGGGAGAACCUGAUUGCAUCUGUGUAAGAAUGGUUGCCCAGUGCUCACCAUUGCUAUUCCAUUAUAAUGUGGCAAAGGAUGCUGCAGUCUGUUCUGAUUUCGUGUGUUUGGUGUGGGUGAGGGGUAGGGUUGGUGGUGGGUAAAUGUAUCUGAUUCUUCAUGUUAGUGGCAGUCAGAAGUGUGGGAGUUGCUGCUUUCCAGUUUUCUCCAGCAGGUGUUGCAAUAUGAUCCCUCAGUAUGCUCAUAAAAAAUGAACGGAGUGCACAAAAGUCUUGAUUGACAUUUUCUGGGAAAACAUGUUUUUCUCUUCUGUCCUGCAUUUCCCCUCCCUGAUUUCUUUGUCGAUAGAAUCAGUCUUUGAAUGAUACCAACAGUACUCUGGAAGGUGGUAUUGAGACAAAUUAGAUGCGAUCAUUUGGGUUUUGUACAUUGCACCUCAACAGUGCAGAAAGGAAUUGCGUGUCUUGUCAUCUUGAGGCUGAAGCAGCCAUUUUGAGCAACUAAAACUUUGAUCUCCCAAAACUUAACCUAGCCUUCCCUGAGACGUAGUUGAACUACAGCUCCCAUCAGCCCCAGGCAGUCUAGCAAACAACAUCUGGAGGACACCUUGGGAAAGGGCCUCUUCCUCCUUUUUGAUCAGUCUCCACUUAAUAAGGGGGAAAGAUCAAGGCAUAUCAGUCAAAAGCUGGCUGUGUUCAAAAGUGCUCUCUUCAAGCAGAAGCUUCCAUGCUUUCACUUAAAAGAAUUGGGGUAAGGCCAAUUUAAGAUGUUUCCCUUAAUUAAGAAGAGAUCAUAUGGGAUCCUGAAAAUAAUUAGGUUGGAGAUGAAGCUUUUAAAACAUGGGUGAAUUAUUCUAUUCACUCUUGGAUGUGGUUCUGCAAAAGGAUGCUCUCGGCCACGGAGAAUUUGAUUCCUGAGUACAGCAGAUUUACAUGAUGGUUUUCUCUUAUCUUGGUGGUAGUGGCUUAAAGAUGGAUUCAUGUGAACGCAUCCCCCAGUGUGUGUUGGUGCGUUGUGAAUCUUUUCUGCCCCUUCCUCCCAGAUGGCUCCAAAAACCCCUGGACUCUGUGGCCAACUAUUGUUGAGCAAUCUGGAUUUUUUUGCAGCUUGUCAAGCAAGCCUGUGCUCUUGAAAGCCAUUGUAAUUCAGACCCUUUCCCAGAAACUAAUUCCAUGCUUUUAAGCACAGGGGAACUGUCAUUAAAUCCAUGCACCCUUAUCAGCAAAGUUGCUUUUCUGGGUCCCUUUCACACUGAAUGGGGAAGCAGGGGUGCUCUUGUGUGAAAAGUCACCCCGGCUCCGAAUUCCAGGCUGAAGGCUGUCACGAGACUAGCAAACCAGAAUACUGCCAUUUAUUCUUUCACUCCAAUGCUGGCCUAUUUCUUCUUAUUGCACCUCUGUGCAAAAUUUGGCUGAGCCAUUAGUUGAGAAGCGGACAUUUUCCUGAAAUGUCUUGGACUGUCAAAGAGCAAUUACUAUGGAACUGCCCUAAGGGGAGGCAUUUCUGCCAUGGAAGUGGUCUCCCUUUGAUUAGGCCUCCUGCAUCCUUUUUUACUAAGCACUACCCUUUACUGCAGGGGUAGGGAACCCUUGAGCUGAAGGGUGCAGAGUUGGCCUGCCAGGCCAUGGUAUUUUGGGGCAAGUCACGCCUAUUCAUCCUACACCUUGCUGUCAUACCUGACGUCAGGUGUGGGGCAGGCAAUGGCAAAGCUUCAAAGAUAAACUUGAGAGCUUAAAGUGAGUUUCCUUUGUUGGAAUAAGGCAGCAGCGUUCUCCCUCCUGGCACUGCUGCUUAACCAUCUGAAAAGCAGAGUGCAGGGCUGUUUAAAAGCCCUCAUGCAAGCAGCCCUGCCCCACUCUUGACCCUGCAGUUUUCUGUAAUUUAAACAGCAGCAUGGGGCUUCUUGCAAAAGGGUUUUCAGGCAGCAUUGAAGUCCUGACAAUCGGAGCUUCAAAGCCCAGCAUUGCUGGAUGUCUCUGUGACAUCAGGUGAUUGGCAGACGGGGAGCCCCACCCACCCAUCAGAUUUAUCCCAGAAGGGGUGUGGAGCUGAGGAUCUAGCCCACCUGCUGGAAAGGUCCCCCACCCCAUGCUUAUGCUGUGACAAGAAUGUGCUGGAUUGUAACAUGUAUAACAGGAUCCAAACGUUCACUAGCUUUACAACUGGAGGAAAGGGAAAUGGUAACACAUGCCUGAUCUUUUUUGGGACAGAUAUGAACCGGCACCACUAUUCCCUCUAUGUGCACAAUUGUCGUCUCGGGUUCCUCUUUCGUCAAGAUCCUUCAGAGGGGCAGAGUUACAAACCAGCAGAAUUCCACUGGAAGCUGAACCAGGUGGGUCUAUAAGAGGAGGCAAAACCUGGGUGUAAUAUUAGACGGAUCAAUAGCCAGUCUUUGUAUGUCAAUUUGCAGUAGGAAAAGGCCAGCCCUCUGUGAAGUGUUCAUUAUGGAACCGUAAUGGGGUAGCGAUACAGUAACACUCCUGCUUUCGGUAUCUUUGACAAAAUUUAGUUUUUAUUAUCAAGAAUUGGAUGUGAAAGGAAGUUAUCCAGCGCAAAGUGGAGGUUCCCUCCCUCCAUUUAAAAACUCUUGUACCUUUUACAGGUGUGCGACAAGGAAUGGCAUCACUAUGUCCUCAAUGUCGAAUUUCCAGCAGUGACCCUGUACGUGGAUGGAGUUUCUUUUGACCCUCUAUCAGUGACGGAAGACUACCCACUCCAUCCCUCCAAAAUAGAAUCCCAGCUGGUGGUCGGAGCCUGCUGGCAAGGUAGCUUACCUUUUUUUAGCUGCAGGCUUCUCAAAGAUGGCAGAAUAGUUGUAGGUCAUUUGUCCAGAACUCUUGUUGUUCUAGUUUGUUGGCAAACUCCACUGAGCUUGCAUCUCUGCAGUGAGACUGUGCAAGAGAACAGAUGGAGAUUGAAAAUAGCAAUGCAUUUUCAACGGGGAAUGCAUAGGAGCUAAUUGUGCAGCCUGUUCUCUCUCUUCCUAAUUAUAUUGGGAUGUCUGUGAAGCCCAGGUGAUUGGCAUGCUCGCAGUCUGUUGGCAGAGUUAAAUAAAAGCAAAACAUUUGCUGCAAAUCUUGAGAACAUCAGUGGAGAAAACCUCACCUUGGAAUGAAGAAAUUGUGCUUUUGAACUUGGUUAGAAUUUACAUGAAUGCUAAAUUUAUUGUGUUUUCCUCCCUCUGGGGCCACACGCUUGGUUUUGAGGAUUUUGAUGGAGUAAUUUACCCUCUGUGUCUGUGUGUUGGAGGAUUUUGCUGCUUAUGUCUAUAAAAAGAAACACAGCAGUAGCUGUAGGUUUUAACAUGCAAAGCAGGUUUAAACGGCCGUUCCCUCGAGGAUGCAUAUUGCUGAAUCACAGCCUUCAAGGCCACUGAUGCUCUCCCUCGUCAGCAUCUUGAGAAAAUGGAUUCCGGGAUUCAUCCCAAGAGCAGAGGAAGGGAUGUAGAUCACCAAACGAAGACACCUGCUGUAUUUAGGCUAAAGGGGGGGGGGAGGGAGUUAGCACCAUAAAUGGCAUAUUUAUUCAUAGGAUUAGUAUCCAGCUAAGUCCUACUCAGAGUAGGACCCAUUAAAAUAAAUGAAUCUAAGUUAGUCAUGGUCAUUAGUUUCAGUGGAUUUACUUUGAACAGGGUAAGCUUCAGAAUACAAUCCCUAACUAUAUUGUAUCCUGCAAGACUAUUUCCUGACAUAUAUUUAAAGCUUUUGAAAUGCAAUUUUAAAUGUGAAAAUGAUAUAAAGAACAGAGGAAUCUUCUUGAAUGCCUAGAAGCACUCGCUGCAAUGUCGGCAUGUGCUGAUGGUUUUCAGAAUGGUUUCUCUGUGCUUCCUGAUUUGGAAGGUCAAAAUGGCACUUGGGUGUCCCUAAGAGGCAAUUAUUUGUUCCCCUUGGGUGUGUUAAGCGAUUGCACUUUCAUCUUAUGCAGUGAGGCUUAGCAGGCCUGGCGGGUCAUGCCCCAGCCAGCUGUGGCUCAGGCUUACGCCUGUAGUGGAAUAAGGAAGGUAGUAAGAUCAAAUGCACCACCCUAUACUGCGUUAUGGGGGAGAACAGAGAUUUGUAUGCUUCACUGUGUGUAAACUUGUGUUCAGCGGGAAAGAGCCGUAGCUCAGUGGUGGAACUGCUUUUCAUGCAGAAGCUCCCAGGUUCAUCAGUCCUUGGCAUCUCUAUCAUAGGGCUGGGAAUGUCCCCGUCUGAAAUCCUGGAGAGCUGCAGCUGGUCUGCAUAGGCAAUACAGAACUAGACUGUGUAAGACAGCUUGCUGUGUUCCUAUGUCUCAAGGGAAGGGUCCUAGUGCAGAUGUAGAGCACCUGCCUUGCAUGCAGAAGAUCCCAAGUUCAGCCCCCUGCAGCAUCUCCUGGUAGGUUUGGGAAAGGUUUCCACCUGAAACCUGCAGUCGAAUUUGUCCCUUUCCUUUAUGUUCCCUCUGAGUUCCUUCACAUCAUCCCUGCUACACUCUGCCGCACAUGAAGAUCCAUCUCCAAGUGUGCUCUCUGGAAAGUGUCCUUCUGCAGUGUUCUUGGGGUUCCCUGAUACAAGGCUAAGGGUUUCCUUGGCAGGAGGACCAAUAUAGGAAGGGGAAAGAAUUUAAGAAUAUAUAUAUAUAGUACUGAAUGCAGAGCGGGAGAUGGGCAUCUGGUAAACAAAGCACGUCCUCCAAGGCAUGUGCACUGCGUCAGAGAAACCUCCAGGUCCUAACCACCCGGUUCCUUUUUCUCUUCUCCUUGUUCCUAUCCUUUCGUCUUGCUUUUCUGCAGAAUAUACAGGAAAUGAGAAUGACACAGAAAAAGCGACCGAGACCCCUGCAGGUUGCUGGUGUUCUUACUUAUUCUCCCCGUUUCACUUCUAAGCCGAAAUAUCGCUUCAUCUCACACAUAGCAUGACAUGCCAGCAUUGCAUUAUGGCCAUUGAAGCUACAUUAUUAUUGUGUUGCUGGGCUUGUUUUCUUCCAUUGUGCUUCUUUUUUCUUCUUUUUCUUGUUUGGUUGUUUCUUGAAUGUUCACUUCCUUUCUUUUUAUCUCCCAUUGGUGAUAAUUGCAAGAUUAAAAGCAGUUUAAAAGGCUGCUUUGAAAUGAGACAGUUUGUCAAUUGCUUUGAUGGUUCAGCCCUCGCUGCAUGCAAAGUGAGGGCAGGUUGUUGCGGUCACUUGCAGUGCUCACUGGGCAGCAAAUUGCUCCCUUGAAUCGAAUGGUCAAUCAGAAGAGCUGCCUCUUCUAUAAAUUUCCAUGUCCCAUAACAAGAGGAUGGAGGAAGCGCUGGAAUGACUUGCCAGCCGAUACGUUUGGGGAGGGUCUAUUACAUACACAGCUGUAAAACUCUUGUGACUUGCAGCUGAUAUUUCCAGGUCUGUUGGAAACGGUUCGGUGGAUUUAACAUCUCUGCUUGAGACAAUUAAACCAAGACUUUCGUUAAUUUUAAAUUGCACCUUUUAUAUGAAGUGCUGUACAGGGUAGAAGAAUACCUUCUAAUUAUUCUCAUCUUGAACGGUGAAGUUAAAAACUAGCUUUUGAGAACUGUUAAAUAAUAGAACUAAUACUUAAUUUUGAAGAAGGCUGUCAUCCAAUUAAAGAAAUCUUAGAUUAAUUUCUGUGGAUCUUGAUAGGUUAACUCUGUGUAUGUGCAUAUGAAAGCAAUAGUUCCAAAAGGUAAAAAGCAUCCUAUUUUUAUUUUAUUUUUUAGACUGUAGAAGUGUGUCAUGGUUAACAUCAUAUUAGAAGAGGUGUGUUGGAAUAGCCCAUGCAAAGAUUGGUAUUCCUAGCUUCAUCUUCUCCUCAUAGCUUCAGGAAAGGACAGUAGCUCAGUGGUAGAGUAUUUACUUUGCAUGGAGAAGGCCCCAGGUUCAAUCUGUUGUAUUGCCAAAUGGAGUUGGAAAAGACCCCUGGAGAGUUGCUGCUAGUCAAUGCAGACCUGGAAGGUCCAGUUUUCCAAGUCAGUAUGAGGCAGCUUCUAACAUUCAGUAGAAGGAAACUGCUUCCGAAUGAGGUAGCUUCCUGCACGUGGUGUCUAAUUGAGUGGUGGUUGUUACUUGGAUGGACUGUUGUGUAAAUAUUUUAUUUAAGUGGGAGAUGCAGUUUCCGUACUGAAGCUACGAAGGUAGCCUUGGCGUUUGAAGAGUCUGCUUCUAAGGGAGAAAAUCCUGUUUGUGAUGACCAAAGGAUUGUACCCCUUUCCUUCAGCACUGAGUAGGGUCAUUCCAUCCUUGCCUCAAAAGCCAUAUUUAUUGCAUGAGUGGACUUCUUUUGUUCUUUUUGAGUUCUCUACCCCACCCCCCCUUGUGCUUGAACAUACCUGCAAGGUUAACACAAGAAUGGGCACUAAACUAACCCGCAUGCCAGUUUUAAGAACAAAAGCACAGUUGGCACUUUAAACAAACGCACGCACCCCCCUGGAGCGAACUUGUAUGAUGCUCAAGAUGUCUUCCUUUGCUCCAUAAAGGUGGAGAGCUCCGCAUGGCCCAGUUCUUCCGAGGCAACUUGGCCGGCUUAAUGAUCCGCUCUGGUAAACUGGAGAACAAGAAGGUGAUUGACUGCCUUUACACCUGCAAGGAAGGACUGGAUUUACAGACCUCAGACGGCGUCGGCAAAGGCCUGAAGGUAAACUUGUGCAGCAGAGGGACCCUUGAUCCACUGGCAGAACAGAGAUCAAUUAGGAUGCCAUGUUAUGUGUGUCUCACACACACACAUCCCCCUCUCCUUUCUCUAAUGAGAGCAGGAAUGACGUCUCUCCCGGCACCGCCUGGUGUCUCUAAAGCAGGGGUGUCUAAAAGGAGGAAAUCAAGGCCAGGGAGCAGAUAACAUGAGCUCCCAGAAGAGCUGAGCUGCUAGGGCAACCACUCCUCCAUCUUCCCUGGGGCUACUUAAACCUUGCAUGCCCUGCAGGAAGCCAGGAUCCAGGAUGCUCAGACUGGCAUUGGGAGGGUGUGGGUGGGCUUUUGCCACCAAUCAGCCUGAAAGGACCCGAUUGCUCUGUAUUGUAAACCGUCUAUUUAUUUUAGCGUUUUAAUUUUGGCCUUGGAUGCCUUGGCAGAAAGGCAGUAUACAGAAGCAAUGACAUAACCUAUUGGCCCAGGGACUGCGUUCAAGCCUUGGGCAUGGUUAGGAAGGAUGUGUUCAGUGCAUACAUGGGUACACACUUGCCACUCACACACAGCACAUGCACUGCACCCGUUUGUUUUUAACUUGUAUUGUGUAUUACUGUAAUGUUUGUUGCUGCUUCAGUUUUCUGUACACCACUUAGAGACACUUCUUCUAUAUUAAGCAGUGUAAAAAUGGUCUAAAUAAAUAUGGAAGAUGCAUUCGGAUUAUUUAUGUUUUAAUUGCCAUAUUAUUGGGGAGCCGCUGCCAGUCAGUGUAUACAGAGCUGGAUGAGCCUUUGGUCUGAAAUGGCUCCCUUUGUGCUUGGGAUUAAUAAUCAUCCCAUAAAUUUGCUUGGAAUUCUCUUGUAUUUGGAGAAGCAAAUUGAGGGAGAAGAAUUCUCCCCCACCCCCAUACACCUUUCUUCUCUUUACUUGCUGAGGCAUGGAGAACUGCAACCUUGCAGUGACAAGGGGGUUGCGGCAGCAUGGAAAAUAUGCAUGCAGAAUUAGAUGGAUUACUGGAGAUUUAGGAACCUGCCCGGUCCUGAGGAUGUUUUCUUGGAUGGUGAAAUACACCCACAGUUGCUACCUUACAUCUACAGUUGCUAUUGUGUUGCUACCUUUUCAAGCUAAUUGGGAGCAGGCAGGCAAAUCCCAGUUAAUAAAUUACUCUUUAAGCAGUAACUGUUGAAGAAACAGAGAGACAGAGUAAGCUGCCUUAUACAGAGUCUGACCAUUAGUCCCAUUUAGCUCAGUAAUGUCCACACAGGUUGGCAGCAGCUCUCCAGGAUUUCAGACGGGGACAUUCCCAGUCCUACCUGGAGAAUCAGGUUCUGUGAUCCCUGACUUUUGACCCUUCCCUAAAGACCUAGGGACACAGUCUAAGCUGUGGACUAUACUAAGCUAGAUGGACCAGCUCUCCAGGAUUUCAGACAGGAGUCUCUCCCAGCCCUGCCUGGAGAUGUUUAGGAUUGAAACAGGACCAUCUGCAUGCAAAGGAGAUGCUCUACCACUAAGCUACUGUCCUUCCCCUUCCUGUCUCUGCAUAGGGGAGUCUUGGGCACAGAAUUGCUUUAUUUUAGCACUUCCUGGGUCUGAUCUCUUUCCUGCCCCUGCUGCUCCUUCUCACUUCUUCUCUCUGCCUGAUCUUCCAGAUCCACAUGAACCCGAGCCAGUCAGUGUUGAGCUUGGAAGGAGACGACAUUGACCGGUUUGACAAGGCCAUGCAGCACAUCGCCUACCUAAACUCCCGCCAGUUCCCCACACCUGGGAUCCGGAGGAUCAAGAUCACAAGCACCGUGAAGUGAGUUUCCCUUUGGGAGCAAGGCAUAUGAGACUCGGGGUCGUGGGUUUGAGCCCCACAUUGGGCAAAAGAUUCCUGCAUUGCAGGGGGUUGUUGUUGUUGUUAUUUAUUCAGCUUAUACACUGCCCUAUACCCGGAGGUCUCAGGGCGUUUCACAACAAGACCACAACAUCAAACCAAAAGCAGUAACCUAGUGCCCUCCCCUCCCCGCAAGCCACAUUCUAAAAGGGUGUUGGAUGUCAAUAAGAUCAACCAAAGGCCUGGUUAAAAAGGAACGUUUUCGCCUGGCACCUAAAGGUGUAUAAUGAAGGCGCCAGGCGAACUUUCCUGGGGAGAGCAUUCCGUAGAUGGGGUUGGACUAGAUUACCCUCAUGGUCCCAACUCUGCUCGGUUGUCUUGAAGAUGCCUCCACAUCUCAGGGGUAAGAUUAUUAUGGUUAUCAAAAGAAACGCCAUGUUGCAUCUGCAGCAGCACAACCAGAUGCCUUCAUCUGCCCUAGCUGCAACAAAACAUGUCUCUCCCGUAUCGGUCUCUACAGCCAUAGCAGGCACUGCAACCUUCCAACAGUUUUGACUUCUCCCCCAAAGGAACACUCUUCCAUUGUUUUCCAAGACAGACGGAUGCCAACCAGUUUUUCAGAAAAGUGACUCGAAGCGUCUUGUGGAAGCAAACAAAAACAACCCAAAUUACUCGCUAGCAGCAUGCAUAAAAGGCAGACCCAACUCUGCCUGCCCUAUUGGAAAAAUGAGGGGAAGAAGAGGGUCCCCCAAGCAUACUCCACCCUCCAAAACUGAGGUCCAGAGGCCUGGGGGGAUAAAAAUAUGUUUGCCAAGCAACUGAAAGCACAUAAGGGAUGGUACCAGGCGUAUCUUCCUGGGGACAGCAUUCCGCAGAUGAGGAUCCACCACUGAGCAGAGAAUGAAGGAGUUCCAUAAUGGAGGAUGUUGGGCUCUUAUUCUUUGGGCGUGGCACGCACACCCUGUCCUUAAGAGGAGAACCCUCUGAAUGUGCCCAUGUGUUUUAUCUUUAUUCAGAGCAUUUGUGCCCCACUCUUUAUCCAAACCGUGGCUUACCUACAAUUAAUAAAAACAAGUUAGUCCUUGCCUGCAGGCUUACAAUCUGCAGAGCAUGACACAAAAAGGACAGGGAGGGAGGAGAAGAAAAAGCAAACUCAGGCACCAAUUCUUAAAUAGUAGUUAUAGCUGCCAUCUGGCAUAGAGACAGCUCAGGGGCAGACAGAGCUGAUGUGUGGUUUCUAAGAUGAUCACUGCCCACAUUUCAGACAGGCCCUCUUUCUUACAGUUAGUCCUGUGCUGUGUGUCUUGUCCUCCUGGGAUACCUACCACCCUCUCUCUGGCAUUGAUGGCACCUUUCCCCCCUUUUUUUGGCAGGUGUUCCAACGAUGAAGCCUGCAUCGCCAUCCCCUUUGUGGACGGCUACAUCAUGGUCCUGCAGCCUGAAGAGCCCAAGAUCAGCCUGAGUGGCAUCAACCACUUUGCCCGCUCGGCUUCGGAGUUCGAGAGCCCUGAAGGGGUCUCCCUCUUCCCUGAGCUUCGCAUCAUCAGCACCAUCACACGAGAGGUUGAGCCGGAGGGGGAGGGAGAUGAGGACCCCACAGGUAAAGCCCAUUCACCUUGUUUGUGCAACACAUACAUGGGCUAGUGGCCUGGGGGCAGGGUCUGAUACAGCCCCUGUUUCGAGGGAUUAUCAGAAAAACUUGGAUUUGGGGAAGAGGCUGGGAUGGGGGUGGACAGAGAGUAGUAGAGACAAGGUGGGGGAAACAGUCGUUGUUGGGGGGAAGGGGCAAUGGCUUCUCCAGGUAGGACUGGGAAAGAUUCCUUGACUUUGGAACCCUGGGAAGCUGCUGCUGGUCAGUGCAGGCAGAACUGAGCUAGAUGGACCAAUGGUCUGAUUAAGUGUAAGGCACCUCCUGUGUCUUAAAGGAAGGGCCGUGGCUCAGUGGUAGAGCAUCUGCUUUGCAUGCGGAAGAUCCUGUGUUCCUUUCCUAGCAUCUCCAGGAAGGGCUAGUAGAGAUUGAAGUCCUAGAGAGCCAAUGUCAGUCACACAGGGAGUACUAAGCUCAAUGGGGCCAGUGGCUUGAUUCAGCCUAAGGCAGCUUCCUAAUGUAGGAAACAUUCAAGAUUCUAGUCCUGAAGCAAGCCCUUAGGCAAAUGGUAAAAGCUUGGAAGCAAAGAAGACUCUUCUGUGUGUUUUCCUGCCUUCCUGAUCUUCUCCUCCUCCUCCCUCCUCUCCUUUGCAGUCCAAGAAUCACUGGUGUCUGAGGAGAUCAUGCACAACUUGGAUACCUGUGAGGUUACGGUGGUUGGUGAUGAGCUCAACCAGGAGCAAGAGAGCCUGGAGGUCGACAUGGUCCGGCUGCAGCAGAAGGGGAUGGAGAUGAGCACUUCCAACCUGGGCAUGAUCAUUACCGGUAUUGCAUUUUCUUCCUCUGUACCUGAAUGUGCUUGAAAUCCUAAUUGCAUUAAGAAGGCAAAGACCCCAGAGAUACGAAGAGAUGACUUAAAGUCUUAAAUAUAUUUCAGUUUAGAGUCAGAGUGAUAAACCAUUUUCUGAGCCGGCUGGUAUUUACAAAACUAAAAGCAAGACGUUUUAAAAUGUUAUUUAAGUUUCCCUGGAGGUCCCCUCAAAAAUACAUUAUGAAAACCUGCAUUCCUGUACAUAAAUGUUUAACAAUAUACAUCUGCAAAACACAUUCUUAUUAAGUGAUCCACAAGUUUGCAUAAACCUUUGGAACUGGUCUUUGGUUUUCAGGAGAAUUUGUAGGCAAAAUUAAGCUCCUCCAUUCUCUUACAAAGGUAUCUUUGUGCUUUGUUCCUCUUGUGAAAGCAAGAAUAAGGCACCCAUGCUUCCUCUUAAACUUGGCUUGAUCUCUCAUCAGAGAAACAGUGGGCUGUAUCCAAUGUCAGUGCUGCUUAGAGUGGACCCAUUGAAAUCAAUGAACACAACUCACUUGGCUCCAUUAAUUUCAAGGGGUCUAGACUUAAUUGGAGAUAAUGCAUAGUGUCUCACUUGUUCAUCAGCCAAGACAGCUUUGCCUUAAUGGCAGCAUUCAAGUGCCACAAGAAUCGCUGCAGAAUAAGCGCAGGGGGCAUUUUUGUUAGGCCAGACAUGGAGUUCCUGUCCCCUCUUCCUCUCCACUUAGCUGGGAUGUUUAAAACAUUGGUACUAGUUAGACAGGCAUAUGAUUCUGAUAUCUCAAAGGACAGUUCUGUGGACCCCUUUCGCACCAGGGAUGGAGAAGCCUGUGAACCUCCAGAUGUUGUUGGACUCCCAGCUCCCAUCAGCCUGCCAGCAUGGCCGGGAAUCAGGGUCCAAGUCCAGUAACAUCUAGAGAGCCACAGGUUCCUCAACCCUGCUGCAAACAAGCUAGGAAGCGUGCUAUUCUCUGUAGUUCCCCUUUUCAUUUGAUCCGGAACACUGUGGUUCAACAGCUUUGGAACAUGCAACGUCAAACCACAGCUUACUGUCCUGGCUCAUUUUCAACCUAUUAACCAUAAUUUGCUAUACUUUCCCAGUUCGGGUCAAACAGGAAACUAUGCUUAAUGGAAUACUUCCUCGUUUAUUCCAUUAAUUUAUUAAAAAUAUUUCUUAAACCAUAAUUUAUUAAAGACAAUGAUGUAAAUCCUUCAUCUCAAUUAACAUGCAAUAUGGAAUGUUUAAGGCGCCUUAUGUAGCUGAAGGUUUUAUAUUGGCAUUUUUACCUCCCCAGAAUUUUGGUAUUUUUCAUGUUCUUGACAGAUUUCUGCUGUAACCAGUAUCGGGGGCUACAUUUCAGGUGGGGUGGGGGUACUUAGGUAGCAGUUUGGAUGUUUUGUAUAAAAAUGCAACUUUCAUAUAUAUGAGAGACAAACCCCCCCCCCAGUCCCCUCACCAGCAUUUUGUGUUACCUCUAGGGGUUGAUACUAUGGCCAGCUAUGAGGAGGUUUUGCACUUGAUUCGCUACCGCAGUUGGCACGCAGUGUCUCUGUUUGACCGCAAGUUCAAGCUGGUAUGUUCGGAGCUGAAUGGGCGCUACGUCAGCAAUGAAUUUAAAGUGGAGGUACGUCAGCAAAUGUUGGCUUCAGGAGGUCUACAGGGACUCCUAGGGGUGUUUUGAGGAACUGGUCCCAUUAGCUGAAACACCAGCUAAUGCCACACAGAGAGCUAAUGUGCAUCACGAGUUGAAAUAUAAAGCUGUCUCACGCAGAGUCCAACUGCUAGUCCAUCUGCAAGGAGAGGGUGCCCCUUAACAUGGCAUUUUGUCAGUCAUGGUUUUUAUCCUUUUUUAAAAAAGAAGCUGCUAACUGAUUCAGAAACACCUUUUUAGUCAAUUGAAACAGCAGUUGUCACAGCCCUGGUGAUGCUCAUUUUAUGAAGCAUCUAGCCUCCUUACAGAAAAUUAUAGUGGAUCCUUUCUGUAGGCUUACAGCUGAACAUGAACAGAGCCUUGCUGAUGGGUCUGGCCAAAGGCCCACCCGCUCUACUAUCCUGGUCCCACGGUAGCCAACCACAGGCCUAUAAUGGCAGUGCUCUUCCCCACUUGCGAUUUCCAAAAACUGGCCUUAAGGGGCAUCCUCCUUCCAAUAAUGGGAGUUAGCCCUCAUAGUCCUUGUGGCUCAUAGCCAUUGAAAUCCUUCCUUGUGAGUUUGUCAGAUUCACAAAGUCCUUCCUUUGGUCCUGAAUUUUCCACCAUUCUGCUUUAUUGGGUGACCCUACUGGGUCCUACUAUUAUGAGUCGGGUGUAUGUAGAAAAUGGGCACGGAAAUGAGGGGGCUAGUUCUCACUCAAAUAAUCCGAAAUUUAACUUUCCCUUUUCUCUUCCCACUCGCCUGUCUUUUGUUUCACCAGGUAAACGUGAUCCACACCGCCAACCCCGUGGACCAUGCCAGCCACAUUGCAGCGCAGCCUCAGUUUGUCCAGCCCGUCCACCAUUCCUUUGUCGACCUCUCUGGCCACAACCUGGCUAGCCCUCACCCAGGAUUUUCAGGUAAGGGCUCAUCCUGCCUUGGAUGAGCCUCCUUUGACGACUGCUCUGCCCCCUCCAACCCACUCAGAUAAAAUCCUCUUCAGAGAGGCUCUUUUGCCACUUAGGAGAAGCAGAUCUCUGGCUCUCUUCCCAGAGGUGGCUGAUAUAUCAGUCUAAUUGCAUCUGAGCAGCAUUUAAUGUCUUGGGGGAUAUGAAAUUCAAGUCUCCCUAUGAGGCACAGAUAGCCUGCUAGGUUUCUUUAAAAGUAGCCUUCGUUUAUUUUAAAAAAGAAAAAAGGAAUUACAGCCUGUUUCUCCUUGAGCUCUCGGGGAAAGAGGGAGCUUUUCCUUUCCUUUUUUAAAUGAUUGCCAAGCCUGAUGUUGGGAUUUCACUGAAAGGUUACACUGUGUGGAGUUACUUAUGGGCAUUCCUUGGCCCCAACACACUUAACACAGCCUUCAUCAGCCCCAGGGGUGGGGGAAGCUGAUGGGAAUUGUAGUCCAAAAGAUCCAGAAGCAUCACAUUAGCUGAACUAAGCUUUCUCUGCCAUCUGUGAACAAGAGCACAAUUUGUUUGGCAGUUUCAAUAAUGGAGAAUCAGGAAGAGGCUGGCAGAAUAAUUCACAAACCAGUGAAGGGAGCCCGGGAUGGGCAUUCAUAACCAGAGACUGUGGGUUCCAGACACCUUUUGACGUCUGCCCCUUAGCAGCCUUGUCAUGAGGCUGGGCCUCAAUGAGAACCAUUAGCCUUGGAAGCUGGAGUGAAGCAGUUAGGAGCAGCUUAUGCUUCAGAAAUGUAGAUGAGCUGACUGUACAGUUGCUUGGGAACUAGUAUACCUUUUUGUAACUACAUGUUAUAAACAUGCAAACUGAGCAAGCAUCAUUUUUAGGGGGUGGUUUCCCGUAUCACGCAUAUAGUGUGAUUCUCUAGUUCUUCCUUCUCCAAAAAUACCUGAGUAGUCCUAGAAAAAUUCCCCUGAUCUCCCCACCACUCUGGGUAAGGAAGCACAUGGCAUGUGCUGCCUGCUUCUUCCUCUUCUGUGACCAUCUAACUGUGCAAUCUGCCUCUGUCUUCCAACCCUCUCCUAGUGGUCCCCAGCACUGCCACUGUUGUGAUUGUGGUCUGCGUCAGCUUCCUUGUAUUCAUGAUCAUCCUGGGCGUGUUCCGGAUCAGAGCUGCCCACCAGCGGACGAUGAGGGACCAGGAUUCUGGGAAGGAGAAUGAGAUGGACUGGGACGACUCAGCCUUGACCAUUACUGUCAACCCCAUGGAGGUAAGGCUUGUGCGGUGUUGUGGGUUUCUCUGUGUGGGUUCCCUCCCCUCCUCUUCUCCCUCCUUUUGCUCUUGCAGUUUAUCCAAGAGGGCAGGGUACAGAUUCCUCUGGGGCUUUGUUCUUCAGUAGGUGGUCCAAAGUCUGCAUCGUGCCUGCUGAGCUUCUACAGCCAGCCCUCCAAGGGGGCCCACCCUUAUCUCACCAUCAUUGGCAUUCCUCUGCCACCAGCACUGCAGCAUCUUCCUCUGGCUUUUCUUUAAAGGCCUUGUAUGUGAGAGGCGGGCCUGAUGCUAAAGUUUAUGAAGCAUUUCACCCUUCACUAAUUGAUUUGAAAAAGGGUGGUGGUGGUAGGGACAUCAUUUGGACCUCCAGACCUCUCUGGCUGAUCCUCAGGACUCUUCCCAAGCCACACCUCUCACUGGCUCUCCCUGAGUGCCUUUAUCCCUGAAUGGAAUGCAAUCUAAAGGGAGCCAGCUCUUGGAAGCUGUACAGGCAAACACACCAGCAAUUGACGUCUCUCAAACACAAGACAUCCAUUAAACUGCUGUAUCCUGAGCCAACUGAAUUUUCCAGAAGUGCCCCUCAGCUUGUUCUCUCCCUGAACAUUCCUGGCUUCUAGCCAGCAUGAAACAUCUACUUGGGCUGACCAGACUCUGGAACUCAACUGCUCUCUCCUUCCCCUGGACAAGAGAUUGCCUGUUGCUGAACUCUGUAGGAGAGGUGUAUCACCCUGCCUGCAUUUGGAGCUGCCUUGGUCUUUGGCUUGAGUCAUGGGCUUGUAUUUUCUGCCUGUAUGGGGAAGAGCAAGCCAGAGGAGACUGGUAGAAGAAAGGACUUGGGUAGAAAGCCUCAGAAGUGAAAAAACAACAUCACCACAAUGGGUCAUUGCUUGUGGGCUUCCCAUUUGUGAGAACAGCAUGGCCCUUCUUACCCGUUUAUAAAGCAUUUACCACUCUUUCAGUAAAAAAAAAUUAAAUUAUCAAAGUGGAUUGCAACAAAAAUGCGUGAAAACAAAAGUUUAAAACAGGCAUCAAUUAACUAUUGUGGAAAUAUGGAUUCUUCAUUGCCUGCCUAAGCCUUGCAGAAUAGAAAAGUUUUCAGUAGGCAUUUAAAAGUUGCAACAGAAGGUGCCUUGCAUUAUUAUGUCAUAUUCGACUAAACAUCUACUCCGAAUAUACCCCUUGAAUCUCAUUGAACUAAGUACAGUGGUACCUCUGGAUACGAACGGGAUCUGUUCCAGAGCCCCAUUUGCAUCCAGAAGCGAACGCAACCCGCGUCUGUGUGCGCGCGGGUUGCGAUUCACUGCGCAUGCGCGUGACGUCAUUAUGACCGUCUGCACGUGUGCGAGCAGCAAAACCCGGAAGUAACGCAUUUCGUUACUUCCGGGUUGCCGCAGAGCGCAACCCGAAAGCGCUCAACCUGAAGCACAUUCAACCCGAGGUAUGACUAGUUGUUUUUUUAUUAUUACUGUACUUAUUUAUCUCCUGCCUUUCCUCCCUGACUGGGACUAAAAGCAGCAUUCACAAACUGAAACAACUCAGAUAAAAUUCAAAAAGCUAGAAUCAUAUAAAAGGCAGUAAGUUGAAAAGUAAUCAUUCUCUAAUAGAAUUCAAAUGGUAUAAGAGGUAAAUGUGUUAAAAUACACAUAGCAAACAAGCAGAGCGCUGUUCCUUAAAAAACAAGCCCUGCCCAGUGGCCUCUCUUAAUUUCAGCGGGGGCUGCUCCAAGUAGAACUAGCAUUGGCUGCAAUGCCAUUCAUCCUUUUUGGGGUCUUUGUUUUCCUUGCACAGACAUACGAGGACCAGCACAGCAGCGAGGAGGAGGAGGAAGAGGAGGAGGAGGAGAGUGAGGAUGGGGAGGAGGAGGACGACAUCACCAGCGCUGAGUCCGAGAGCAGUGACGAAGAGGGGGAGCGGGAAGAGGACCAGCAGAACGUGAACAGGCAGCAGCAGCUAGAAUGGGAUGACUCCACGCUCACCUAUUGAUCCCAGCUGCCUCCGCUGUUGUAUGUCUCUCUGUCUGUCUGUCUCUCUGUCUCUCUCCUUUGUUCUUCUGCCCUAGAAGACUCCGCGGCAAAACCACUCCAUCGCUCCUGAGAAUCCAUGGCGUGAACAGAGUCGCUUAGGCCCCCAGAGCUGACCAACACCCCCCCCUCCCUAGACCCCCUGUCCUGGUGUCCUGUCUCUUCUUUCCUGGCUAAUCUCGCCAAUCAAAAUCUCGCACCUCUAGAAAUUUAUUUAGUACCUAUUUCUCCCUUGCCUCACAAUGACUGGAUUAUUUUUAUUUCUACUCUGCAAGGAACUGCCUUGUGCUAUCUGUCUGUCUCACUCACACACUCCUUGUGUCAUCUCAUUUAAGGGACGUGACCAGCCCUCUAGUCAUUGCACACACUAGACCAUGAUUUUGAGGUUUUUUAAAUCUUAUUUUUGGUUCGGCACUAGGCUUCUGGUGUCGUUUCUCAUGCUUUCUUGUUGGGGUGGUUGAGUGUAAAAUAAUAAUAAUAAUAAUAAUGCCAGGAUCCUUCUCUCACAAAAAGAUUAACUUUUUUAAAACUUUUGGGUCGGAUUUAUUAUUAUUUUUAUUAUUAUUAUUUUGUGGCUUGUUACAUCCCUGUGAUUCUUCUUCUUCUUCUUUUUAAAUGCAUUUCUUUUCCUCCUCCUGAACUCUAGUGCAUGUGUAAAGUGGCAGAAUGAGGUUAACUAUGUUAGAAGAUUUAACAGACUUUUUAAUAUUUUGUAAAUAAUCUUGGAAUUAUGUAAUUACGUCAUUUGUGGUAGUGAAAACGGGGAAAGGGGGGAGGGGGGGACACAAGCCAUGCUAGGGUUUUAAAAUCAAAAAUCAUGCCGCAUGAUGUAAUAAUAAGGUUUUGGGUUUUCCUCCCCCAAAAAAAUUCCUGCAGCAGCAGCAUGGGGCAAAUUUAAUUAGCGUAGAGGAAAAGCUAACGAUGAUCCAAUGGCAUUGGAUUAGACUGCCAUCUUCUCUCUGGCACAACUCUACUGAUGGGUUUCUCCCCUUUUUAUUUUUUUAUAUUUUAUUGUUGUGGGAGGGGGGGCGGCAAAAAAUGAUUUGACCAUGAAGGCAUCUUCAUGGACCCCCCCCUUUUUUCUGGGUCCAACUGUCCUGCCUCUUGCAUUCUGGGUCCUGGUCUGUUUCAGUUUUAGGGACAGUAAGGUGGGCUGGCCAGAUCACACAAUUUCUUUUGCACAAAGGGAGACAGCCCAGUUGGACCACUUGGGCCUGGUGCUCUCUCUGGGUUGCACACUACUAGUCACGCAGGUGGCUCGGUUGAUUGUAAAAGGACAGUGUCGCAGGAAGGGUGCUUCUGUCUUGGCUGCCUGUCUUAAGUCGUGAACUUGAAUAUACAUUUUGGAGAGGAGGAGGUCAGGUCGACUUUCCUUGCUGGCAUCAUUCCUGUUUUUUUUUUUUAAAAAAAAACACUCCUGUCCAUUCCCUGUAGCUCCUUUGGUACAAUUAACGUGGGGAUGUUGGGUCUCUUUUUAUUAAGCUUCCGUUCUCUUCUUUCGGUCGUUGUUUACACUGAACAUAUGCGCUACCUUUCUGUCAAAACUAGGGCAUAAGCUAUUCCCAGUGGUGACCUUGUGAAUACUCUUUAAUUAAGCAGUUUAGUCCACAAGAUUUGGAGAAGGGGCAGGGGGUUGUCGGUGGGAAGACCAUGCCCAGUAAAAUGUUUUGCCCGAAUUUGGAAGGGAGCAGAGUGGUUUUCCGAAAAGCAAGUUAUGACCCCGAUGGCAGUGGUGAGUGCUGGGCUUUUCAUUAGGCAUGUGGUCCUCCCUCUCCUCUGGUUUAACUUUUUAAAAAUUACUAUUCCUUGAGAGAGCCUCGAGUUUAUUGCUUUUACAGUUGAUUUAUUCCCCUGAAGGGGUGUUCUGCUGAAGCUUUUCUUUGUUGUGUGGGUUGCCUGCUAAGGUGAGCCAAGUUCUGACCGGCUGCUUUGCAUGAGGGGAAAAAAAUCUGGCUGCAUUGCAGUUUUAGGAGUUCGAGCAUUGGAUUCAGCAGGGCCGGGGGAGAAUGUUGGCUGCUGGGGUGUCUGUUUGUGGGGAGGCGGAGGGCUUGAUCCAGGUGGUUGGAGACAGCAGUGAGGAAAUAGAGUGAGACUUCCCCUCAUUGGUAGAGUGUCUGCCUUGAAUGCAGAAGGGCUGCAGCUUCAAUCCCCUGUGGCAUCUUCAGGUAGAGCUAGGGAUGUCCCUCCUGAAAGUCCUGGGAAGGCACUGCCAGUCAGUACAGAUAUUACUGAGCUAGAUGGCUGGCUUGGGAUAAGGCAGCUUCCUGCAAGAUGCUUCUGGACCUGGCAUUUUUAAUCUCUUACUACCUAGCAGCAGGGUUUGUUUUUGCGUAGGGAUGGGGACCUUGCAGCACUCCCGAUGUUGCUGGGCUCCUGCCCCACAGCCAUCAUGACCAAUGGUCAGGGAUGAUGGGAGCUGUGUCUGCAGGGGCAGAGUCCCCAUCCCUCAGUUAGAGGCAAGUAUCUCUGGAGUGCCUUUUACAAUAGGGUGGACCUGACAAUAGGGAAAGGCUAAGCCCUGAACAACUUGGCUCAUUCCUGCUCCCUUUGGGGGUGUGGGGGGGUUAUUUUAAUUGCAAAAUGUUAAGGGGCAAGGAAGUUGGUUUUGACCACUUGUUACAAGUGCUAGUUUGAAGUAAAACAAAACAAAACGGGAAAACUUUUAACCUAUGUCCAAGUUGCCCUGUGCUUUAAAUGUCACUGUGUAGAGAAGACUCUUUAAUCCUCUUUUUCAUGAUACCAUCACUGUAGCAGCUGUAUUUUAGAGACUGUAAACCUGAUCAUGACUCUCUCUCUCUCUCUCUCUCUCUCUCUCUCUUUUAAAUGCUAAUGCUGAAAGGUUGUACACUUUUUCUGAUGCAGUAUGUAGCCAUCAUGGAUCUAACAUUUCAGAUGUGUAUAUUGGUAAAUAGGUCAAGUUUGGGGGGGUGGGGAGUCUGAGCUACAAUAAAUUUCUGGUUCUAAAUUUUUCUUUUGUUAUUGUCUAACUUUCUGC